CCCGCGGCCGCGCGCUCUCCCCGCCCCUUUUCCCAUUCCCCCGCCCUCGUCCCCGUCCCGGAGGCGCUUCCAUAACCGGAGCCUGCGCUCUUGCGCACCAGCGACCGCACCAUGGAGGUUUUCAUCCCGUCGUUCCGCUAUGAGGAGAGCGAGUUGGAGAGGGGCUAUACGGUGAGUGGUGGGCGGGAAAAGGCGAGGUUAAACUCUCCCUCCUCUUUCUUUACCCUCCGUCCCCCCCCCCUUUUAAGGAGCGGGUUGGUACAGCUCGGGCCGCCGUGAGGCUUUCAUGGCGCAUUCCAUUCGCCCUAAGGGGGUGGUGCGGGACAAGCUGUGAGACGCACCUCUAAGCACCAGCCAAAUUCCCUCAGUUUUGCGUCCUGCGCUACAGGGCAGUACAAAGCCCCGCAAUAGUAAGGCGAGAGCUCUUCGUGAUGAGGUUCCCCCUAUGCCGUUUGGUAAGAGAGAAAAACAAGUCAGGUGCGUUGGCUACUGUUUCAUGCAGGGUUUCCCAAACUUGGGUCUCUGGCUGUUUUGGAACUACAAUUCCCACCAUCCCUGACCUCUGGUCCUGCUGGCUGGGGGAUGAUGGGAACUGUAGUCCAAAACAACAACAACUGGAGACCCAAGUUUGGGAUAACCUGAUUUAAUGGAGUUUGCUCGCAGGGAACUGGACAUUCAAUGGACAGGCCAUUUCUGUUGUUGUUGUUGUUUAGUCGUUUCACGCCAGGCACUCCUGUCUUCCACUGCCUCCCGCAGUUUGGUCAAACUCAUGCUGGUAGCUUCGAAAACACUGUCCAACCAUCUCGUCCUCUGUCGUCCCCUUCUCCUUGUGCCCUCCAUCUUUCCCAACAUCAGGGUCUUUUCCAAGGAGUCUUCUCUUCUCAUGAGGUGGCCAAAGUAUUGGAGCCUCAGCUUCAGGAUCUGUCCUUCCAGUGAGCACUCAGAGCUGAUUUCCUUAAGAAUGGAUAGGUUUGAUAUUCUUGCAGUCCAUGGGACUCUCAAGAGUCUCCUCCAGCACCAUAAUUCAAAAGCAUCAAUUCUUCGGCGAUCAGCCUUCUUGUAGACUGGUAGAAUUGGCAUCAGCCAGGUCAGAAGCAAAGUACCUGGGGUCGUUUCCUAGGCUUGGUUGCGUUGCCACUUUUUCUUUGCCAAAACUCUGGCCCCUGAGAAAUGAUAAUGUCCCCUUGAGGAUACGCAGAGGGGCUUAUGUGAAGUUGAGGGCUUCUGCCCAGGUAUGCUAACCUAAAGUGCUUAUUGGCCCCGUUGGCAGUGGCUCCAUGCUUGGGAAGAAUGCAUCUCUGUGACUUGGGAUGGGUUUACAACUCAUGUUUAACUUCUUUUAAGUAAGGCAAGAUAAAAACUCGCUGCGAUACAACAGCUUCUGAGUACCAGGUUCUCAGCUUGCAAAAAGUGUCGGAGCUCUCCCAACAGCUUUCACGUUUGGAGUUUUCAAAGAAGGAUGGCAUCAACUAAGUUGCACAGAGAUCCUUGUCAAUUGUAGGCGAAGCUGCUGGGGUGGGGCAGCAAUUGCAUGCUAAUUUUUUUAAAAAGCUGUUUUGACUGUCUCACCACCUGCUAUUCUAUCUCAAGAAAAUAAGCCUGAUAUAAUUUCUUUAUUGGUUUAGCUGGAAUAAUAUUCUAAAAUGAUAUUGGCUACUGCAGCGAGCAAGAAAGAAACUGUCUUAAGGAAGAGCUAGCAUAUUUCCCAAAAGUGCUGCCUAAGAUAUAGCAGAGAAACCAAAACCACAUCUGACACUUGUAAAGCCAGGAUAAGCAUUUUUCAUAGUCAGUUCCUUGAGUUUCCAAUGACCGUUGACCUUAUUACAAGUGUCAUGCUCAAGUCCCAUUUCACACAUUAUAGCAGGAAGCAAGAGUUUCUUGUGCUUCUGAAUUCCAUAUUGCUUCAUAUAAUUUGUAAUCUCACACUGGGGUCUAGUUGCCACUAGGUGUAAGCCAAUGGUUCUUGCCCAGAGGGCACAGGGCUGCUAUCUACAAAUCGGGGGGGGGGGGGGAUCCAGAGCUUUAGGGGAGGCAAAGGUGAGCAUUAGGGGGUUUUUUUGACAGCUCCUUCACUGCUCUAGAAAUGCCACCUGAAAUUCAACAGAAGAAAGUUUUGAUCUACUACUCAUCCCCUGCCCUGAGGAUAAAAUCCCAGACACCUCUCUAUCCCCCAUAUACCGUAUUUUUCGCUCUAUAACACGCACCCGACCAUAACACACACAUAGUUUUUAGAGGAGGAAAAUCCGUAGGCAUGCCACCCGUAGGCAUUUCCUCUAUAACACGCACAGACAUUUUCCCUUACUUUCUAGGAGGAAAAAAGUGAGUGUUAUGGUGCAAAAAAUACGGUACAUAAAGUAGCACAUGACAGUGGCGUUUAAAUGCUAAAUACUCACCUCAAGCAAAGGUGCAUGCGCAGAAUCUGCUUCUGCCAUUCCUCUCAUUAUAUUUAGUCAAAUGUGCCUUCAGCACAGUCAUGGAAUCAUAGGACUGUAGAGUUGGAAGGGACCUUGAGGAUCAUCUAGUCCAGUGUUUCCCAAAGUUGGGUCCCCAGCUAUGUUUGGACUACAGUUCCUAUCAUCCCUGACCACUGUUCCUGCCAGCUAGGGAUGAUGGGACUUGUAGUCCAAAACCAGCUGGAGACCCACAUUUGGCAAACAGUGAUCAAGUCUAACCGCCUGCAAUGCAGGAAUAUGCAGCUGUCCUAUAUGGGGAUCGAACCUACAAACCUUGGCAUUAUAAGCACCACAUUCUAACCAGCUGAGCUAUCCACUCAUCUGCUUGGCAGGAAAUGGCUCCUGAAUAGUGCCGGUUGUUGAGAGCUGUCUACUAAUACCAAACUUAAUAUCGGCCACAAGGGUCUUGGGCAUAGCUGUCAACGUUUCCCUUUUUUUAAGGGAAAUUCCCUUAUUCCGAAUAGGAUUCCUCACAAGAAAAGGGAAAAGUUGACAGCUAUGGUCUUGAGCUCAGCGGACAUUUGAUGCUAAUGUUGUAUACUUGGUGGGCAGUAGUGGAUUAAAUGUUAAGAACCAUUGGGUUAGAACUGCUCUCCAGUGGGGAUUCACAUGAGUGAAUGUUUCUCCAUAAGGAAAGAAAAAUCCCUCCAAAUGCAAAACUGGCAUGUUGGGGAGAAGGUAAAAUUUAGGGCUGUAGCUCAGUUGGCAGACUUGUAUGUAAAUAGUGCUAGAUCCAAUUUCCAGUGUCUCCAUGUUGGGCCAGAAAAGACUGCUGCUGAAAUUCUGGAAGAGCUGCAGCCUGUCAUUGUAGUACUUAGUUAAAUGGACCAAUGGCAGCUUCCCAUGUUCCUAAGCUGGACCUCUCCUCCUUGGUGCCCAGUUAGACAGCACCAAUUUUGACCUUCUCUCCUUGGCUAUGUUGGGAGCCAGCAACAUGACUUCCAAAGCUUACCAUUUGGCAGUGAGAUCGCCUUGUACGUUUUCCCUUUUAAGCAAGUCAAAUUGACACUGUGCUUGACAAGAUGUUGGUGAUAUUUGUUUUCCUCAGUUAAUACCAGUCAACGGCGAAACUUUUUUAUUGCCACUUUAAAUUGAUGAGUGGGUCUCCAAACUAUUGAACCUCUACUUAAAAAUGCAACAGUUGUUCAUAAUUUGGCAGCGAAUGACCUUUAAAUGUAGACGUUUUGUAAAGAUAUCCUUGGGGAACAAUUUAACUUCAAAAUGACACCCAUGAGCACUUGUUAUCAUUUAAAUAUGCCUCCUUUGUCAAUAACAGAAUAGCAAGUACUAGUUGGAUUUCUAAUGUUGAUUCAGAUACUUGGACGCUGGCCGAAUAAAUUAGUGUGUACUUGAUUUAUAUUGACCAAAAAUGUUGCAUUGGUGUGUUACAGGUCAAGGUGACAUGUGUUUAAGUGGACUGAGGUGCAAAGGGCACACUUGACUGACAUGCUUGCAGUGUUUUUAAUUAACUUUUUUAAUGCUAUCCCUUAAUUGCUUUUUGAGGUAGUUGAAUUAUGGAGCUGGGCUAUGGUGUCAGAUAUUUUCAUUUUUAAGUUAUUAAUCUCUCUCUUGUCUAUAAAAUCAUUAAAGAUUUAUUCUUUAUAUUAGUUUAUAUAGUUUCCCACUUCCUUUUAAAUCUGCUCUAGCCGUGGAUUGUGCACCAUAGCAGUGAAAGGAGUCUCCUAUUGCAAGUCAGGAGGAAACACUGUAACUUCCUGAUGCUAAUAUUCCAAAUCUGUUGAUCCCGUGAUAAGCAGAUGACGUCAAGCUAGCUAGUUCUCCCCAACUUUACAAGUAAUUGACUUUAAAUACAGUACAAGUACAGAGCUACGUCAGUUUUGCUUAUGGGCUUUACCUUACCCUUAUGCUUCGUUUUCCUGUGCAGCAAUGUCCUAAGGUAGAAAGCAAUGUAGCCCUGAAAACAUGAUUUGUGUCCUUCCUCCAUUUCUAAGGCUUCUCAGUCCCUUUAAUGCUGCUCUGUCAAUUCAAUUCAGCAGUAUGUAGGUCUGUGGUUUAAAAUAGUCUGACAGUUGGAUGGGAAGUUGAACAGUAGGGAAGGUAAAAGGUAAAGGUAACCCUGACUGUUAGGUCCAGUCGCGGACGACUCUGGGGUUGCGUGCUCAUCUCACUCUAUAGGCCGAGGGAGCCGGCGUUUGUCCGCAGACAGCUUCCGGGUCAUGUGGCUAAGCCGCUUCUGGCGAACCAGAACUGCGCAUGGAAGCACCAUUUACCUUCCUGUCGGAGCGGUACCUAUUUAUCUUACUUGCGCUUUGACGUGCUUUCGAACUGCUAGGUUGGCAGGAGCAGGGACCAAGCAAAGGGAGCUCACCCCGUCGUGGGGAUUCGAACCACUGACCGACAAGCCCUAGGCUCUGUGGUUUAGACCACAGCGCCACCCGCGUCCCUUAAGGAGAAGGUAAUUCUUUACAAAUUGGAAUACCGGUCAUGUCUCACUUUCUUGAAUGGAAACUUGCUCUUGAAGUCUUGGAAAGUUUCAGUCAUUAAAAAGACUGCUAAUAAUCCCUUCUUCAUUUUUUAAGCACCUCAGUAAUGGAUACUUUAGUGAUACGUUAUCCUCCUCCUGGCUUUUGUAGCCAGACUUUUUUCAAUUCUUGUCCUGCUGGGCAUCAAACUUUGGUAAUACUUAGGUUCCAAAACCUAGAUCCUUGGUAUAAUGUGGACCUCUGUCCUUUUCAACUGCUUGGUCCACUUUAAACAACUAUGUGGUGAAAUUUUGUUCAUGUGCCUUAACGGACAUCCCUUUUCUUUUAAAAAAUCCUCACUUGGCCCUCUCAACUCAACAGUGUUGGCUCCUCUUUGCUGUCUAUGCUGUUUCCUGUCAGUGACAGGGGAUCAGAAUGUUUCACAUCAAUAGGGCAAGUUCUGAUAGUUCUGUGAAAGCUAUAACUUUUAAAGAAUUUCUGCAGCAUGUUGAUAAUGGAACUCUAAUACAGUUCUAUUAAAACAUAUUUAGGAUGGAAAUGUGUGAUUGUGUACUAAGUCCAGUAUUAGGCUGGAAUUCUACAAUGAAUGCACAUGCUGUAAGGAUGUUUUUAAAAAGUUACGCAUUCCCAGCGUAGAGUUGAGAUAGAUAAUAUAUUGAAAUAUGCAGCUGUUGCAUGUAUGUCUUGGUCUCCUCUCCUUCAUUUAGACCACACUAAAUAUUCUUGUUAAAGUCCUGUUUCACUUAUUGUUAGUGCCAUAUACGCAGACGUGUCUAUCAUGCUUUGAACUGGGGUAGGUGAGAAUGAUGAAAUGUUGUAGUACAAAAUUGCAUGAUACUUGAAUCUUGGAAGCUCGUCCCUUAAUGUGCCAUGAAAAUUCUAACAUAAAAAUUUAAUGAAACACAUUUCAUUUUUGUUUGAAAUAAGUUUAGUUUUUUAAACCGAAGCAAAUCAUACACUGCAGUGUCUUCAUAGAAGAGAAUAAUGGAAUCCAACAUCACCUCAUAAUCCCUUACAUAAACACAAAUUAAGAAUCUUGAUUGUGUGGUGAAACAAUCAAUAGGGUAGCAGCGAGUAUGUAUUGAUUAGGAAAAUUGCUUUUAUAAAAAGUAAUCAGAUUCAUUUCAGCUGACUUGCCUUCUCUCAUGGCCCGAUCCUAUGAACUGCAGUACUGAGAUGACAGUUCAUAUGAUCUAGAAUAGCACACAUAAUAGAAUGCGCUAAGAUCAAUUGAAUUUGCUUUUAACAAUGACUAGCACCAGAUGUGUAACACUACAGCUUUGCACAGUGCUCAAGCAUCUUACAUAUGGCAUUCUUAGCUGUGGCACCAUCUUUGUGUCUGCACUCUGUAUCAUAUAAGGAUACCUCAAAGGACAGUCGUUCAUUUAUUUAUGUUCCACUCUAUGCAAUGCACACAGAAUGGCUUGCAGAAUUAUUCUGUCUCCACUCUUAAGACGCAUUUCACAUAUCUUUGUGAGACAAUUAACACUGCUUUAAGAGUGUGUUUGUGUGUGUUCUCUUUCUCCUCCCCUGCCCGAAAAAAAUGUAUGGAUAGAAAUUGUAACAUACUUUGUUACCCUUUCCAGAGGACUCAUAACUUAACUUAUUCAUACAGCAUUAACUACAGGUGAGUAACUUUAAGUAUGAAUGGCCAGAGUGCUGAUUGAAAAACAAUUCUUCUUCCUUGUAAAAUGCUGUACUACCAUUUAUAGGUUAUUUGUAAAUGUCUGCACUGUCCUUUAAUAUAAAUAUUCUUAGUUACACAAUAAAAAUAGGAAGUAGCUAUGACAUCGUAUGCUUGCAGACAAAUCCCAAAGGGCAGGGGGAUAUUUCAUUACUUUUUUUAUUAACGAAACCCAACUUCUACUCCAUUGGUUUUCCCUAACCUGUACCACUGUCAACAUUUGAUGUCACUUGAAGAAGUUAGCACACUUAAUUUACCAAUAACUCAGGUAACUGGGAUAUUCCACAUUCCAAACUGCUUUUCCCUACUACUACUACUCAACUCUGUAGCCAGGUUUUUCCCUAAGCCAAGUGGUUUGACUACCCCAUCAAGUACUUGGCCACCAAACUACUCUGGCUUCUUUUCAACUCUCCUUCCUUCCUGCUUCCUAGUCCUCUUCUUUUACUGUCUUCUUCUUCUAGCUGCCCAUGACCGCCAAGCACCAGCCAACACUCCAAGCAACAGCUCACAACUAACUAAUUACUGCUUCUCAGGGUUUAAUGGGAAAGCAGUGCCAAGGAAAGUCCCUAUUACUGCCUCCUACCGGCAAAAGUGUGAUCACAUUUCUGUGUAUAGACAGCAAAAUUUUAAAUUACAUUUUGUUUAAAAUAUGUGGCCAACUGUUGCAAUUCUGUAGUUAAUACAGGUUCCAAACCUGCAUUUUAUCCAUAUGAAAAUGUGUGCUUGUGCCUUGCAAAUGUGGGUCAGGGUCCAGACAGCAACCCCUUUAUAAGCAUGGAUCUCCAUUUCACAUGACAAAUGGCUUAGGAACUCAUCCAUUUUGGAAGCGGUUUGCUAUGGUAGCUGCUGCUUGAGAUAUGGCUAUGCAAAGUCGUUUUAACUCAGCACAGACCACUAGUCCUGAUUCAUUUUGUAAUCUAAAACACUUCUGUUCAAAAUGACACAAUGGAAAGAAUAUAUUGUUUGUUCUAGGUUCAUUCAAAUACAGUGGUACCUCGGGUUACAAACAUGUCGGGUUACAAACUCCGCUAACCCGGAAUUAGUACCUUGGGUUGAGAAUUUUGCCCUAGGAUGAGAAUGGAAAUCGCACACCAGCGGCAGUGGGAGGCCCCAUUAGCGAAAGUGCACCUCAGGUUAAGAACGGUUUUGGGUUAAGAAUGGACCUCCGGAAUGAAUUAAGUUCGUAACCCAAGGUACCACUGUAGAUACUUAUUGAUCUAAUACUUAAAUCAGUUCCAUUCAUACAGAAAAUGAAACUAAAGCAUCCCAUAAUGAUAUAUGUGCACGAAUCUUUAAAGAGAGUUAUGUGCAUUAGUAUUUUAUCAAUGUGUGUAGGCUUACAUAUUAGUUGAUAACAUUUUCCUAUAUUUGUUUUGAGUAAAGACUUGGAUUUAAUAAUAUACACCAGUCUUUAAAAAUAUUGAUUUUGGUUUAAAAGAGUACAAAAAUAAUCCUCUUCCUGCGGAGCCAACAAAUUUUAAAUAAAUAUGUCACAUGAAGGAUAAGUCAGAAUACAUUGUGUGGAUCCAAAAUAAGCAAUGCUUCAAAAACAAUUACCAGGAAACAGAACGUGAUAGGGUGAGGAAAUAUUUUAUAUAAGAUUUCCCAUGAAAUGAGAGGCUGAUUUCAUAUUCAUAUACAAUGGGUUGUAUCCAACUCUGCCAUUCCAGUUCCACAGAAGACUUGCACUUAUGCAGCAGGAUUUCCCCCUCCUCUUCUCAGCAGCCUCUUGUGCACCCUUAAAAUCUGCUCCAGAGGGUUGUGAGACCCUGUGAAGCAGAUUUUGGGAACAUGUGGGGAGUGGAAAGGAAGGGAAAGAAAGUUCUGUUACUUGAGUGGGAUACUAUUCCUACAGUGGUGGAUACAAAAAUCCAACAAUGUAGGAAUAUAUGUAUUCCUAUACACCCACCUGGGACGCGGGUAGUGCUGUGGGUUAAACCACAGAGCCUAGGACUUGCCGAUCAGAAGGUCGGCGGUUCGAAUCCCUGUGACGGGGUGCGCUCCCGUUGCUCAGUCCCUGCUCCUGCCCACCUAGCAGUUCAAAAGCAUGUCAAAGUGCAAGUAGAUAAAUAGGUACCGCUCCAGCGGGAAGAUAAACGGCGUUUCCGUGCACUGCUCUGGUUCGCCAGAAGCAGCUUAGUAGUGCUGGUCACAUGACCCAGAAGCUGUACGCCAGCUCCCUCGGCCAAUAAAGCGAGAUGAGCGCCGCAACCCCAGAGUUGGCCAUGACUGAACCUAAUGGUCAGGGGUCCCUUUACCUUUAUACACCCACACCCACCCACACUGCUGUGUGUGUGUGUGUGCACUGUAGGAUAAUGGAGAAAAAGAGCAGUUUAGGUAGGUUGAUGUUGUGAGAGAAUACAGGAGCAAUGAGAUUCUCAUCACACUUGUUUAAGCCUUUCCUAUCAGUCGGAGCUGGAGCAGUAAUCUAAAUUUUAUUUUAGCACCUGCUGUGUUAUUAAUUUCAGUGUAGUGUAUGCAAACUGAGCUGGGGGCUUUUACUACAAUUGUUUAUUUGGAUUUUUCCUUGUAUAGACUGGAGGGAAGACAAGAGACGAAACAAUAAAGCCAUUGAUUCAAAACCACAGAUUCAUCUUCCUGUUAACAGGCUCUUUGUUCAUUUUCUUUCUUUUCCUUUUGAAAUGAGCCAAUCGUAUAUAAUAGGAUUACAUGUUCAUGACACACUUUCUCUAUGAAUUAUGAGAAAUUUAAGUUUCACAAUGCCCAGUGGACAUAUUCCUUAUUUCUUGAGAGAAACUAGCAAGAAGAAGAGGCUUCAACCUUUUUUCUUUCUUUCUGCUAGUUGUAGACUAAAUUGUCAAAACUCUCUCAUUUGAAAGGAGAGAGGGCUCUUCUAAAAAAAUCCACAAAUAACUUUAUCUGUCAGGGUCUACGAACUUAAUGCCCUGUUUCUAAAAUCACUCUUCUUCUCAGUUAACUAGAUAACUACAUAACCCUCUUAAGAGAAGAGCUCAUGAACCUGCUUCUGUUGUUGUUUCUAACCCAACUCUUCUAACGAGCUCAACGGGAAAGUUGUUUUUGCUUAUAAAAGUAGAAAAUAGAUUUGAUAAAAUGGUUAGUCCCUUGGUCCUUGUUUUAUUUAUCAUAUCAGAAAAGAACAAUGUUUUGCUGUGUUGUGGUCAAAAUAAGAGGCGACCUUGCUUGUUCACAAGUGUUCAAAGUCUAGAGAUAAGAGGGGCAAAAUAAUAGAGUACAAUGGAAAGAGUGCAGUGUAAUUAUUUGUGACUUGUCAAGUGACGCCCUUUCAGGCCCCUAGUGAUUCAAAUCUGGGAACUCUGCACAAUUCUCUAAGCUAAGCAUGGCCAGCAUCAGAGAAAUCUCGCCCAGCUUCUCCGACAGUGCUGAAAUUGCAUCAGUUUGUCAUGCACUGAGCAUGCCAGCUCUACACAAUAUCAUUUGCUUGCAAAUGGGCCUGGCCCCAAAGCCCUGAUACACAUUCCUUGGUAUCUGACUCUUGGCCUGUGAUUUGUCAUGUCUCUGGUGCUAUCAGUUUAAGGUAAUUUUAAUAGAUUCUGAUGGUUUGCUUGUGGGAGCAAAGAAUGCACUGUAGCCUGUGUCAUUUUGUGGUUCUUUCUGUAGCGUGUAACAUGGGAGACGACCUCGUGCUGGUGAUACCCAGUCAGAAGGACUACAGAGGAAACGAGGCUGUCUUGUGUGGUUUUUGCUAAAAGCUUGCAUUGACAAAUCUUCAAAGGAAGUUUCAAAAUUUGCUUAAUCAUUAUCCCCGUUUUUAAAGCACAGGGUUUCUUUUCUUACAAAUCGUUUUGUCAUCUUCAGUUAAAAUGCAGGUAUGAAUGUGCGAGGUUUCUUAGACUUCCCCAACAGUGAACCUAACACUAUACUUCAUACAUUAAAAAAAAAAUACUGAAGUUGUGUACGUUGAUGCUUAAUAAAUACCUUUAAAUCCUAUAACACUUUCCUGAGUUUAGGUCCCACUGAACACAAUGGAGUUCUAAGUAGAGAAGUAUAGGGUUGCGUCAAUAGUAUUAUUAACUGAGGGGGAAAAUACCAAACAUUUUGGGCUAAAGUACAUACCCUUAAUAACUGAGUUUUAAUAUGUGAGUUCCUCUUAUUAGUGUAACAGACAUAUAUCAUUGUCAUUUUUUUCAUCUUGCGAUCUGUGCUGCAUGGAGCAGGUGCUUCUAACUUUCUGAACUAAUGAGAAGAUAAAAUCAAUAAUUUAAUAGUUUGAAAAUUAGGACAUUGGGAAAUUGUUCAGGAAAGUGAGUGUUUAGUUGUCUGAGAGAAUUCAGGAGUGUUAUGAAACAAAUGGCAUAUUUUAUUCUGAUUUUGACACUACUGGAUGAGAUUAUUUUGCCAUUGACAACUCUGAUCUUUACAUCAUUUUUUUAACUGACUCUUUUAAUUGAUCACUUCUGUGAUAUCAGAGCCUGCAGCAUAGCUCUCUAGAUGUCUGUUGACACUCAUCGAUUACCGUAAAGGUGUUAAUGUUGGUGAUUUCAUCCAAGAAACGUUCAAAACUCUGUAGCUAAAAGCUCGCAAGCUUGUUGUUUUGAGCUUCUGUUGAAUAACAUGGACUUGUCUAGAGAAGCAUGAGUUGAGUUCUUGAAAAAUAGCUAGUUGUAAUUUUGUAUUAAGUGUGGAAUACAAACACAUUAAUGUUUAGAUUUCAGUGUUUUUAAAAAGUAUCUAUUAACAUUCAUUAUUUUCUCUCCAUGGAAUUCACGCAAGAUGUGUUAAGACACAGACCAUUUCUUUUGACUUUUCCUUAGGGAAUGUCUGACAGCAGAGUAACUUGGAGCAUCCCUGAAGCUAGUCUGAGCUCUUGUCAGUUUCUUUUCCCUACACACACAUGCACACAUUGGUUUAGCUUUUUUUCUUUUUUUAUGCAGAGAAGAAUUUUUCAGCCAUUAUUUGCAGCAUUUACAAUUUCUGUGAGUCUGUGAGCAUAUACUGAUUAACUUAGCUGAGAGGACAGUUCAGCAUCCUAUUUCAUUCUCUCCCCACCCACUCCUGAACAUGUUUCUCUGUGGACAGGAGAUGGGACUGGAGCUUAGUGGUAGAGCAACAAGCCAAAGGUCCCAACUCAAAUCCUCAGUAUCUCCAGGUCAGGUUGGAGAAAGACUCCUGAAACCCUGGAGACAGUGGAGAUGUUGUGGACUACAGCUGCAAUCGGUUUAUAAUUUUGAAGGAACAUUCACGUGUGCAGAUAUCAAUUUGUACAGUUUACAUCUCCAAGGUGCCUUCCCAUCUAUGUCCUCUAUACAAAUAUUUCAAUCCUUUCCCCUUGUCCUGAUUAAUGGUAUAGAAUCAUAGAAUUGUAGAGAUGAAAAGGAACCUGAAUGUCAUCUGGUUCAACCAGCUGAUACAAGGCCUCUACUUCUAUGUUCUUGAUUUUGGACAGUUCAUUAGAAAUUGGUUAGAAGUCCAGUAAAGUCGUACCUUGGAAGUCAAAUGGAAUCCAUUCCGGAAGUCCAUUUUACUUCCAAAACGUUCAGAAACCAAACGCGGCUUCUGAUUGGCUGCAGGAAGUUCCUGCAGCCAAUAGGUAGCUGUGGAAGCCCCAUCGGACGUUCAGGUUCCAAAGAACGUUCGCAAACCGGAACACUCACUUCUGGGUUUGCGGCGUUUGGGAGCCAAAACAUCUGAGUACCAAGGUGUUUGGGAUCCAAGGUACGACUGUAGUAUGUGUUGGCCAACUUUGAUCUGUCAGGAAAUGUUUAAAUUGAUGAACCUGUAGCCAGUUAAAUCCAGCGUCUCUCACCUUCCAAGGUAAGUUGUUCUAUAGAUAUAGGAUUAUGAUUCAUGUAGAAAUAUCAAAAUCUGAAGAUAUUUGUCUUAAUUGUGCUUCAUAAGGCUUUUGUAGCAUUGCUCUACAAGGCUAAGCAUAGAUAUUUUGAAACAUAGCAUAGAUAUUAAAAAAAAAAAACUUUUUAAGGAGGACCCAAGUGCAUUAUUUUGACACCUGUUUCUGUAAAUGAUGUGCUGCCAUGUUUUCCUGUUACUGUCAGUGUAACGGAGGCUAAUUUAUUCUUCAAAGCAGGUACUAGCAUCCCAAACAGUUAGUCAUUUAGGCCCAUGGGGGGGGGGGUCCAAACAGAUUAAUAUCUUUAUUGGGACCUGUGAAAGCAUAGUGAGCAAGCUUUCACCAGAACUGUUCUUUAAGCUGGAUGUUAAGCAGAAAAAGAAAAGGGGAAGGUAGCAGUGGAAGAAUGUUGCAAGAAAUAAUCAAAAGCCUAAGCCAGAUGCUUGCCCAUCUUAAGAUGGAAUGGAGGAAGUGUUAAGUAGAGCUGAUUGGGUUAGAUUUUUCCUGUGUGCACAGAUUUCCAGUUGGCAGCAAAGUAAGCAGAGCUUGAAGAAGUAGUGGUUGUUCUCUCUCUCUCUUUAAAAUGCUGUUAGGUUCAGAUAACCAGCAACAUCUCUCUGCCUCAUCCCACCAACAGUUCUUUCUCACUAGUUUAGCAGCACCAACAACCAAAUCGCAACGGUAUUAUGCUACGUAAGCUAUUUAGUUUAUUCUUGCCCUUCCACCAAAAUUUAUCCAGGAAUGUCAAGUCAGUGGAGUAUAAUAAAUCUUUGGCUGACCCUGAACUUCCUGUCACAUUAAGAUGCUGAAUGUACACCCUGCUCACCUUAAGUCAUGUUGGCCUAUCUGAUCUCUGGGAGAAUUUAGCAACAGCUGUUAAGGGUAUGGGAAAAAUUAUUAGAUGAAAGCAGUGAGCAUAUACUUGCCCACACAGGAACUUUUCUUCUGGGUGUGUGUUCAUGGACAGUUACUUUAUUUCAUCAUUGUUUUUACUGUUAUGGUUGCUUACAUGAAUAAUCUCUUUUUUUAAUAAAUAUUUUUAUUAAGCAAUUUCAACAUAACAAAUUAUCAAACCGUAUAAUCACAUACAUUAUUUCCCCCCCUUUUUUCCCCCACUCCCCCUUCCAUCCCUCCCUCCCCCCUCCCACCAGGGACUUCACUCAGCUCCUCUCUCUGAUUUCUCUUCACAUAUUAUUCUCUGCAUGUUAUAAAGUUAUACCUUAUCUAUCUAUCAUGUUAUCAACCAAUAAAUUUGUGUAUGUUUAUUCAAAACCUGCCAAGGAGUCCAGUUCAUUUUGUUGUCUUUUUAGAUAAUUUGUAAAAAGCUCCCAUUCUUCCUUAAAGUCACAGUUGUUCUUGUCCCACAGUUUGUAUGUCAAUUUAGCUUACAUGAAUAAUCUCUAAGCAAUUUACUGAAUAUUUUUUUAAGAAAAGGAUAUGUCCUUUUUUUAAAAAAAAUUAGAAACUUGUAUAAGCUGCUUAAUCAGUAUUUUCAGUAUUUAUUAUUAUUGAUUUCAUAAACUUUAUAUACCACUUGAUUGUUGUAAUUUUUUUAAAAAAAAUCCACCCUCAAGGUGGUUCACCUGUUCCUUAGCAUUGAUAAUAUACUUCUUACUUUAAUGUUUGCUCAUUCCAACCCUGGGCAGAUUGUAUGAGUGGAUUGUAGAACAUGAGGGAAACUAUCAUGAAACAUGUGUCCUGGUUCCUUCCCAACACCAACACACACACACAGACUCUUACUUGGAAGUAAGCAAGAAAUCUUUAGUCAGGCAAAGAACAGGACAUAUCAGCAGCAGACACCGUGCUCAGGAAUCACAGUUUGGUAGUUUGGCAGCAAAGCAAGAAGUUCAGAACUGAAGAUUAUGUCUCCCAACAAAUUUUCCCUGACAAGCUUUUAAAGAUGAGGUAUGGCGCAUCCGCAAGCCGCUCUUGCCUUGAAGGAAAGUUGGGUUUGCAAGCGCAAUGGCCAUCGAGUGAGUGGGUCUACUCCCAUCUGUGAAGCUGGCACCUGUUUCUGAGAAGACUGCACCCUGCUUUUUAGGCUCCUGUUCAGCCACUACCGCCUUGUGUUCAGCCUCUCACCUCAGCUGUUCAAAGCACUCCAUAGCCUUCACAGAGGUGUCCCACUCUACAGGAAGGUUGGAGAGGAAAGCCAACAUCCCUGCUCCCUCUUCCAAAGAGAAAGAAUUUGGUGUGGAAAUGGGAGAUUCCCUCCAUCCCCAACCCAAGUUCCCACACAGCUGCCCCUUCCCCCAUUUCUUCCCCUUCUCUGUCAGACCCUGCCAGCUCAACCCCAAUCCCAACAGGGUUGUGGAGCUCAUGACAGCAUGUAUCAACCAUCUCUUUUGGCAACAUGCCCAUAAGAAUGAAGCCCCAUCUAGCCAAGUAUCCUGUUCUCAUAUGGCCAGUCAUAUGCCUAUAGGAAGCACAUAAGCUGAGCAAUCCAUGGGUGCUUUUCCCACACAUUGGGCAUGCCUCUUUGAAAAGCUAUCUUUGUUCCUCUGCUUGUCAUCACUACAUCCUAAAACUUUCAGUUUCUGGGGGGGGGGGGGAGUUCACUCUCUAUAUGUUUUUGAGUAAAUUAGCUACUACUGGAAAUUGCAGGCCACUCCAGUGUGUUGCAAAUAGAAGAGAGAUCUUUGGUUUUGGAUUUGUUUGUGGUCAAGUUGCUUUCUGUUUUGUUUGUAAUAAACAUUUAAAUUCUGCCUUUCCAUGACCCAUGCCUAAGAUGGCUAACAAAAGUAGUUCUGAUCCAUUGGAGACUCAUUCUAGAAGAGAUCGGGGGGGGGGCAUUUUUAUUCUUCCUUCCUCCCUACCCCCUUUGCAAGUCCAGUGUCACUUGCCACACUUAUGGAGAGUUAUUUCCACAGUGUACAGGAGCAGUUCUGGAAAAAGGUGUAUAGGGGAAUUAUAAAGAAUUGCCUUUCCUCUCCUUUAACCAGAGGCAGCCUCUGUAAGUUCAGACUGUCGCAGGAAACCCCGCCCCCCAAUCAUUCAGUUUGUACAAACUUCACACACACACACACACACACACACACACACACACUCACACUCACACACUACAUACGCUACGCUUCUGUUAUAAAUUCAUAGAAAAUCAACCAUACAUCGGAUCUGCACUGUUCCACUUUUAUUUUACUCCAUGAAGGAAGGACUACAAAAUGGUGAAGGUUUGAUACAGGGCAGCCAUGAUCCCUUGAGCAUACCAGCACAUACACAGGAGCCCUGCCCAGUUGCUAUGCCAACCCUGAUGGUCCUAGACAGAAGGCCAUCAAGAUCACAAAGAACUUGCAUAUGGGAGUGGAUUCAGCACGACUGGAACAAAGGACAAUGAUCAGCUCUUCCCUCUGGGGGCAGGAAACUGCAAGCUCCCCUUUGUCACCUGGAAAGUACUCAUGAGGAGGGGAAAAGGAGGAACCAGCCAGGUGACAGGACACUCAGGUUACCACCACAACUCCUCCCUCAACCCCCCCUUUUUGUGAUGUAGUCUUAGGGGUGUAGUUUGGGGGAUUAGUAACUAAUUAAAGUUGGGGGUCUUCUUCUGUUCUGGGCUUCCAUUUUGCUUCAUCUUGUUGCGGGUGGGAGUCCUGUCGCAACAGUAUUCAAUAAAGGCCAAGCCUACAGGCUGCUGUUUUGCUCCAAGUUAUCCUGGUUGGUGUCUUUGUUUUUGUCCAAGGGAGCCCUCGGAUUUUUCUGUUAACAAGACCCAACCAAAAACACAAGAAUAAUAAGAAAAUUAAAUAAUUUGAAACAGCAAAAUAUCAAAUUCAAAAGUUAUUUGUCUAGAACUCUUAUUUUCUAGGGUCCGUGCAUCUACCUUUCCCAUGCAGUAACAAAGUGCAUUCUAAAAAGUGGUGUAUUGAUGCUUUUGUAUCUUGUACAGAUAUCAGAGUGGAGAUCUUGAAAUAAAGUUUUAGAAUUGAAAUGAGCAAACUGUUACAGUUUUGUAUAAUAAUAUAUAGCCAAAGGUUUAUCUUCAACACUGGCAAAAACAUUACAUAGUCAAAGAGCUGAGUAAUUACUGAUCUGUUCUAUGGACUAGAAAUAAGGAUGAUACGUGAACUGUAUAUCAUCAGUUCACACUAACGGAAAGACAAUUAGUUAUAUUUUAACAGAGACUUAAGAAACAUUGUUGGGAAAUGACUGUACCCAUAAGCUUUGCACGACAAUGAAUCAUUUACCAGGUUGGGCUGUCAUUGCUUUUCCUUGGAUAUCCAACUUGAGUAACAGUAGGGGUCACUGUGUACAUUGAAUUUGACAUGACAUCUGAAAAUUAUCUUAAAAGACUUGCAUGUUCAAGCAAAGUUUAAGAGAGGAGACACAUAAACUUGCCCCCUAACAACCCUCUCUUUUGAAAAGAAGAAAAUUAGAUGUGCACACGCUGUUCUGAAAUGAAUAAAAGUUGUUUUAAGCGUGUUUCUCAUGUGACCUUGUUAACAUUUGAGCCCUAUGUCUGAUUCCAUGAAUAAUGAGUGACUUACUAAAACGAGAAUUUCUAAUGACAAUGUGGAUUUCCAUGGAAUAUGUUAAGUAUGCAGAGAUAUCAGUCUGAGGAUACAUCAAAUGAAUGAAAAAGGCCAACAUUCUACAAUACAGGAAGCUGUAUUUUCCCACCCCCUUAACUAAAUGCUAAAGAUAUGACAAAGCAGUCAGUGCUUCAUGCGAUGCUGGCAGUGUCUUUUAGCUCUGGAAAUAUUUUGGUAAUAUUUACUUGGUAAUAUUUGUUUUCAGUGUGGUGAUUGCUCUCUUCAUGCUUUGCUUCCUGAUUUUGUUUUCCUUCAGAUGGCAAGUGGUAAUUUUUUGACAGGAACACAAUUGUAACUCUGACAUGUCGAACCAGAUGUUCUCAUUUUACAAAUGAUCUUGACAUUAGUUAACAAGUAUCUUAAAGUGUCGUACUAGUAUCUCCUGAUGCUCUGCGUGGUGUCUGCAUCUAUUGUGGAUUCUCAGUAGUUUAGCUGAAUCAUAGUUUUUCCACUUUCUUUUUUCCUCAGGGUCUUCUGGCUUCUUUUGUUACUGUCUCUUGAAAAAUUUAAAUCUUCCCUUUUCUUGACACUGUUGCAUUAAUCUCCUUGACAGCCUACUUCAAAAUGAAAAAAGUGUUCAUAUCUUUUAUCAUGAUGCUUGUAAGUGCAAGUCUCUGUAAAUGCCACAAUACAUGCAGCAGUAAGUAUUAGGGCAGCUACUAUAUUUAAUGUCUGCUUAUUGGUAAAUUAAUACCUCUCACUAGCAGAACUAAAUAGCAUGUUUCCUGCCUGUCUCUUUUUUCCGUUGUUGUUGUUGUUUGUUUGUUUGUUUUGCUGGCUUGGGCCAUUUGUAUGAUGUAAUCUUAUCAUGAAAUAUCAAGAGAGGAUACAACAAAAGGAGACAAGGAGAGCCCUUCCAGAUCAAACCAUCUGGUCUUGCAUCCUAUUUCUCACCAGGUGCUUAUUUGAAUAAUCUAUCUCUCUGAAUAAACCUAGCAUGCCUCACUUCUCAGGAACAGAUAAUUCUAAUUCCAGAAAUAGUGUGGCGGGCAGGGGAGCCUGGAAAAUCCAAAAUGAGUGGAACUCAUGAAUCAAGCAUUGCUUUCUAGGGGAUUGGAAACAUGCUAUGCAAGCUUGAAAACUUCUUCCAUGAAGCAUUAUCUGAACAGGGUUGCAGUGGCUUUCUUAGACUCAGUGAUGGGUAACUCUGGCUAUGGAAUGGUUAUGAAACUGUUCAAUAGCCUGCCUGAAGCAUAGUGGGAGUGGCAAAAUCAGUACAGUGGUACCUCGGGUUACAUACGCUUCAGGUUACAGACUCUGCUAACCCAGAAAUAGUACCUUAAGUUAAGAACUUUGCUUCAGGAUGAGAACAGAAAUCAUGCAGCAGUGGCGCAGCGGCAGCAGGAGGCCCCAUUAGCUAAAGUGGUGCUUCAGGUUAAGAACAGUUUCAGGUUAAGAAUGGACCUCCGGAACAAAUUAAGUACUUAACCUGAGGUACCACUGUACAGUGUACACCUGCCCUUUAAAUAGUGAAACCAGCCUUACAUCAAAGCUAGAUAAUUUUCUGUGAGCUCUAUUUUCAUAAUGUGUGUGUUGGCUUCUGAUUUUUUGGGAGUGGGGUUGGGAAUUGGUCUCUGUUUUGCUUCUAGAAGAGGCAAUAAAGCAAUGCACAGUGCCACUGAAAAAUGCAAAGAUGCAAAUCAGACCUGAAAGUAAAUCAUACCACCAGCUAGUCAAUGGGUUGAAUACGGAGCUGCCAUUCGUAUGAAUGGAAGAGCUCCAUCUCUUUGUGGAACUGAAAUCCUGUGCAGAAACUUCUUCCAGCCAGCUCUUAGGUUCUUAGGGUGCACCAUUUAGAAACAAAACAAUUAAAAAACAGAAUGUCACACUGUUUAGGAAGUGCUCGUUUCCAGACAGUACAUCAUUUUUUAAAGUGUUGUUCACUUUAAGAAAAUAUUGUUUUGAUUCCUUUGAGUUUAACUGAAAAAAACAGUAAAAGUCAUUGCUCCAGUUACGGUGCAUUUUUUGAAAAUAAGUAGUGAUACUGCUGCAGGCAUGCUUAGAGCAGUGGCUCAGGUAUUUACCCAGUUCACAUAUCCCUGUCACAAAGAGUCAGUUUCUGCCCUUUUGAAGUCUUAGACAGUGCUGUGAGCAUCUUGCAAACCGCUGUAGAAUUUUUCCCCACCAACAAAAUGAAUAUUGUUUAUUAGUGCUAUAAAACUAGUCAGGGGUGGCGCUAAACGCCGGCAACUCACUUGGGUCACCUUUCAAUGAUGUUUAUUUUGGUAGAAUUACAAAUUCAUUGAAGAGAACAGAAUGAGGCACCUAAGCAUGCAGCAGCAAAUCUUUCUUUUCUAUUGCAGAAAGACGUUGGGUAAAGGCACGAUUUUAAAGUGUCUGAAUGUGCCUGGAAAUUAAAGGCAUUGUUUUUCAGUUUGAGGCAGGUCCUAGUUGUGCAUAGUUUAGUGCCUUACACUUUGGAUGCAUAGUUUUACUAUCGAGGAACAACUAAUUCAUUUUCUGGCUUCUUUCCCUUUUUUACUUAACAAGGCCAUAUGAGAACCCAUUGCCCUUCAUCAUCCUUAUCUGUUUUCAUUAUGAGUGUCAAAGUUGCUAAGUUAUAAACAUAUAGAACGGCUAAGAAUUCUUGUUUUCUCUAUAAAUACUGAGUACAAGGGGAAACGGCUUAAUAUUUUUCCAUUAAGUCAAAUGUCAUUUAUAAAGCAAACAAGCUGGUGAAAGGUUUGGUUGCGAAAUGUUUCUAGAUAUCUAUUUAUAUUUUCCUAGAAGAAGAUUUUCAAUAGAGGUUGAAAAAGCCCUUCACUCCUCAUCAUGUGUACUGAGGUGCUUUUGUAGUCACAUAAAUUCCAGGUGGGUGUGGAGAAGGGUUGUUCUCUGUCUCUGUCUGUCUGUCUGUCUGUCUGUCUCUCUCUGCCUCUCUCACAUGCUUCCCAUUUUUAUUUCACAGUUAGCAUUUGGGGUAAUUGGGACUUCAGUAUGAUACGGAAGGGGGGGCAUGUCUUCUUCACCUCCUUCUUCGCUACAAUAUAUCCAUUUAUUUCCAAUUGUCAAUGUCAAAAGGGACUAAAAUCUAUAAAAUUCAUAGAAAAUCAACGUGCCAAUUUGCUCAAUUUCUCUAGGACUCCAUGACACCUCCCCUGUCCUCCAUAAUCCCUCAAGCAAGGUGUCAAGACCCUAAUCCUGUCAAAUCACUCUGCCAAGCCUUUCCUCCGGGCAAGGCCAGGUGGCAGACCAUGCAUACAUGGACCAUUGUCUUCUCAUCAGGUACUCAGGAUGUGCUUAUCUGCGCAUAUCUCCAGCUCUGCAUAUUCCCCCCUCCCUCCUCCAUAUGUUAAUCCUGUGUAACCCAACCUCUUCUUAAUGUAUUCAUGAUGUAACUGGGAUGUAUUUUGCACUGUAUUCUGGGACAUGGAGGGAAAUUUCAAAAGUUCAUGUCACCCCUUUCUCGCUGUUCAAUCUCGCCUUGAACCUGUUGCGCAAUAAACUUGGAUCUUCUGCAGUUUGCUCCUGUCUCCGGCUGAGCUCAUUUUCUUCCGCAGGGACCCGCAGACCUAGUCCGACGAGCUGGGUGGCAGAGUAGCUCCGCACCCAGAUUUUACCGUAACAAGUAGAAGCUCAGUUUUUUAGCGUCUCGGAAGCCGAACAUUUCGGUUUUCGAACACCAAAAACCCGGAAGUGAAUGCUUCUGUUUUCGAACACGCCUCAGAAGUUGAACACCUUCUGAGGCACGUUUCUCCAUUUUCUCAACGGAAUUUGCCGACCGCCCAUUACACCCCGGUUGUCGAACGUUUUGGAAGUCGAACGGUCUUCUGGAACGGAUUAGAUUUGACAACCAAGGUACCACUGUAUAUAGAGAGUGUCAGGUAUCAUUCCCACAUAAAGUGCUGCUUAGAGUAGUUGGGAAAAGAGCCAGUGGCUAUAGAGACUUAUAUCAAUAGUUUGAUAGAUAAUAGUACUUCACAGGUGAGGCUCUGGCAGAAGUCACAUCUGGUCAUUUAAAAUUUCGCAUGUUAGUUAUGGGAAUGGAAGCUUAUGUACAGGAAAGACCAUAAAAUAUUUCCCUAGUUUGUGGAGCAUUUCUAUGAAAUGUUCUCCAGAGGGUAUGGGAAGGAGAAAUCAACUGGGCAGUAUUCAAUGUUAGUCAUACUCUGAGUAGACACAUACAAUUCAAUGGACUUAAAUACACUGAUUUUAGUGGGUCUAAUCUAACUAACCUUGGCUGUUACCCAACAUGACAUUAGAAAGAACAUUUGGAAAUCAAAGGUUUUUUCCUGACAGUUUACCUUUUCAAGUGUGCAUUUUUUACCAUGUCUUUUUUACCAUGUGUAUUUUUUUAACACAUUUUUUGCCUCAUUGUUAGUUUCUCCAUUGGACAGUUCCACCAUUUCCCAGCUGUAACCUAGUCUAAGCUUUUCAUCCAUUUGUGCUUGGGAAAGCUGCAAGAGCUAAACACGUUUUUCCAUUUCUCAUCUCUGCAAUCGCUUCCAGCUCUCUGUAUUGUAAAAUAAGUCUGUGUAAACACACACUCAAAACUUUUUUUUAAAAUGGCUGCCAUUAAAAUGUUGACACUGGCAAAUAUGUAUAUCCAUUAUAUCUCAAGAUACAACUGCUAUUAUUAAGAACUGUUAUUUCCUGUUAUUUUUAAUUGCUUAUAGCUUUGCCAGCUUUCAUCUUUUGGGAAUUUCCAUACCAGGUCUUUGCCUCAGGCUGAUUCCCAACCCCCCCCCCCCCAAAUCCGUCAAGGUUUCAGUAAAAACAAUUUCUUGAUUUGUUUUUUAAAAAUAAGGUCAGGCAAAAAUAUGUGCAUUUGACAAUACUGUAGGCGUUUCAAGCAAGGGAUCUGGAUUUUAGUGAUGGAAGGCAGUGUUGCAAAUUUAGCAGUGUUAAUAAAAGUAUGGGGGGAAAUAGUGAUUUCAGAAUUUGUUAAAAGCAUGUUUAUACUGCCUUUCGUUAUAAAUUGCCUUUCAUUAUAAAAAUCUCAGGGUGGUGUACAGGAUAUUUCAAAACAACAAAUUGAAACCCAAAAUUAUUUGGCUUUUUUUUUUUUAAAGUAGAUCAUUACUUCCUUUUUUAUUGUGUUGUGGCUUUUAUAUUGUAGAGUGUUGCUUUGAAUUGUUAACCACCUGGCUGAACCCAGCGGUAAUAAUUAAAUGCCUGUAUCCUAUGAACAAAUUCUACUUUCAGAACAGGAUAUGGGCCGUUAUAUAAAAAUAUUUAAAAAAAAAACCUGUAAUCUGACUGUAUUCACUAGACAGGGGAGGGUCCCUUCUGUUUAAAUGUUCACAUUGUAUCACAGUUCACCAACUAAUGAUAUAUUAAUAUAAUUAGCACACUUACGUGAAGUGCUUACCGUAACUUUAUUUUCGCCUACGAUUGGUUAGAUUAAUCAAGUAUAGGGAUGUUUCUAACAAUGGGACUGUGGUUCCUAUUAAUUAUUUCCUAGUAUCCAACAUGUUUGUUGUAUGCACUCCCUGGUAUGCUUUUCAACAAAUACCAAUAUGAUUUAAAGCAGUAUUUUUAUUUAUUUAUUUCCUGUGCGGUCAUUCAUCCAAGGAUCACAGGGUGGUUUACCGUAUAAAAACACAAAAAAUACAUAAUAUAGUAAUGAACAAAAAUUAUUUUUUCUGAGCUUCGCUGUUUAAACUUUUGGCUAGAUACUUGCGUGUAUGGUAGCAUGUAUACAUACACUUUAAUUUGUAUGUUUCAAUAAGUGAAUGAAGUUGCGCCUUUUCUAGUUUCAGUCCAGCAUCAGAUGCAUUGCCUAGUGGUGCUAAUUCUGUGCAGUAGCCGUCAGGAGGAAAAGAUGGGAUACUGAUGGUGGAGUUGGCUUUCAUCUUGGUCCCAAAGCAGGACAGCUGUUCAACUCAGCAGUGGGGAAAUGGUUCCCAUUUUCUAACACAUGGGUAGGCAAACAAAGGCCCCAGGGGCCGGAUCCGGCCCAAUCACCUUCUAAAUCUGGCCCGCGGACAGUCCGGGAAUCAGUGUGUUUAGAAUGUGUGCUUUUAUUUAAAAUGCAUCUCUGGGUUAUUUGUGGGGCAUAGGAAUUCGUUCUUCUUCUUUUUCCAAAAUAUAGUCUGGGCACCCAACAAGGUCUGAGGGACAGUGGACCGACCCCCUGCUGAAAACGUUUGCUGACCCCUGUUCUAAGAGCUGAAUUUCAAAUAGCGGAAGGCUUUGGACACUUCAUGAAAGGAUGACAAUCUGAUCUUCCAUAUCCUUCCUGUAAUCACCUCUUCUCUUUACCUUUAAUGAUGUCUCUUUCCACUUGCCUGGUCUCCAGCUCUACCUUCCCAUCUGGAUUCUAUGAGACUUUUUAGAACUUAGUCACUGGCAAAGACACCCGUUCCAAACAGUUAAAAAGCCAUGUAAGCAUGUACACUGAGAGGUGUGAAAGUUUUAAAAGUGUUGAAACCCGAGCCAUUGUUCCCUUCUAAAUGGUAACACUGGGUUAAAAAACAAAAAAAGGUCAGCUCAAUUAGGAUUUUGCAAGAUUGCGACUUCAGUGCCUGUCUGGUAUAUUCAUCUUGGCAAGUUGGCUGAUAGUUUGCAAGUGUUUAUGAGCACAUACCAGUGCAAAUAGAUUGUCUUCAUCACUGCGUACACAAAAGCAGUCAUGAAAUCUGUGCAAUGUUUUAAGCGCUAGUGGCAUGAUAUAAUGAAGUUGUAUUCCAUUAAGCACUUGUAUACAGGGGAACAAAAUGUCAUCACCUGAGUGUAGCCGCAAUUCAGUAAUACAACCUCAUCUGUUCCAUCAACUAGUUUUGCUCUGAUCAAUAAGCAGUUUUCUGUGGCCUUUCACUACUGUCAAGUAUCAUUGAGUGAUGUAAAUACACAUCAGAAACUAGAAACUUGACAGCUCACCCAGACUAAGGAGGGAAGGAAGGAGGGAGGGCAGACUAGUGGAAUUGACAAAGAUGACAGCUGACAUCUGCUGUGUAUAAAUUAUUUGGUAUCGCUACACACACAACUUCUUUUCUAUUGUCUGUGAACAUACCACUAAAUUACCAUUAAUUGAUGGAUUUUAGGUCCAAAUGUUAGGUCCAGUUUUGCAGAAUACACUGUCGUAUUUUAAAAAAAAACUUCGAAAAUGUACAUCCCUGAAUAUGAUAAAUCUUGGUAACUACUUCAAAGAAACAAAACUGUUCAUAUUUUCAAGUAUCUAGUUUAAAAAUAUUGGGUUGUAUCCAGCAAAAUUCUACUCAGAACAGACCAAGUAAAAUUUAUGUAACUAAGUUUUGUAAUGUCCAUUAAUUUCAUUGGGUGUACUCUGAAUAUGACUACUGUUGGAUACAAUCUAUUGAUUUUAAUACACAGAUAAUUAUUCAGGAUUUAAACAUAUAGCACAGGAUUUACCUAACAAGCCCUGCAAUGGAACUUUCCCCUUUACCUGCACCCCCGAAAAAAUUGGCUCACGGGGUCAAGAAAAUUCCUGGGAAAAGAAGAGGGGGGAUCAUUCUACCUGGCAAGCUGAAAUGCUUUGCACAUAUGGAACUUUUAAAUAAUGCUACAGUUUCCCUGUUAAAUCAAAGAUUAUGCAGUAACAGUAGUUGGUGCAUUUAGCCUAGUACAGUGGUGCCUCGCAAGACGAAAAGAAUCCGUUCUGUGAGUCUCUUCGUCUAGCGGUUUUUCGUCUUGCGAAGCAAGCCCAUUGACGGAUUAGCGGAUUAGCGCUAUUAGCAGCUUUUAGCGGCUUAUCAGCUUAUCGGAUAAGCAGAUAAGCGGCUUAGCGGCUUAGAAAAAGGGGGGGAGGGAAAAAAAACCGCAGGAACUCGCAAGACAUUUUCGUUUUGCGAAGCAAGCCCAUAGGAGCUUCGUUUUGCGAAGCACCUCCAAAACGGAAAACUCUUUCGUCUAGCGAGUUUUCCGUCUUGCGAGGCAUUCGUCUUGCGGGGCACCACUGUAUAAAAAAUAAGAAAUGGAAAGCUCUCAGAGCAUCGCUCAUAAAGUUGUUGUUUUCUUUUUUAAAAAGUUGCAAUCUGUUAUAUUUCCAUAGCAAUAAGGCUUCAUGCAGGUAUUGCUUAAUCAUGGUUCCUUUCCCUUUUUCUCCUCAUUUUCUCCUCAUUUCUGUUUUCAGCAUUCACCAUGUUUUGACUGUGACCUGGUUUGCACAAUCAAAUCUUGCCUUAGUAAGCCAGGUUAUGCGUAAUAGCUUGCAAACAAACAAACCAGGAUUCAUAAGCCAGCUUUAGACUUCCACUUUGUAUCCUGGCUUCUGGUCAAACCAUUAGCCAUAGUUUCAUCUUUGAGUGUAACAGGAAACUGUGGUUAACUCUGACUUUCUGACUUGUUUCCCCAUUCCCGUUCAGUGAGGAGUGAUAGAGCUAUGUGCUAAGGCAGGAUUUAAUUAAUCCCAAGGCAGCCAUAAUAUCAGCUUGUAUCUAAUACUGCCCAUAGUAAGCUUUAAACCAGAGUUUGAAAAUGUGCUUUGAAGCUAUGCCAUGUUUAACAAUGUGCUCCUGAAGGUUACUCCCAGUUGCUUAAUGGUUAAGAAAUUUGAAAGCGUCGUAUCUCCACUAAGCCAAGGACAUGCAUAUAUAGAAAACAAGAGCAUCUGUUUAAUUGGAAGUACUUGUAUAAUUAUUGUUCUUCUAAGACUGCACCUCACUUACUUAUUUUUAACUUUAUAAACCAUGUAGCUAGAGUUGAGGAAUGCUGUUUGCUUCCCGAUAUUUAGAAAAGUAGGAUGAAUACUUAAAACUAUUUUCUGCGCAGUUAACCAUAUGGAUCAAUACACUGUGCCUCUAGGCCAUUCUGUCAUGCUUUUACAAAGCACUGCAGAACUCUUCUAUUAAAUAAUUAACCUUGUUAUAAAAUGAAUGAGUGGAGUUUUUAAACCUUUUAAAUGUUAUUUUUACAUCAGGUUUAUGUCAUCAACCUCCCAUAUGGUAGAGGAGGUGAAAAUCUUCUUGCAUAAGCUUGAAUGUAACAGUUCUCUCGCUAAAGAUGAGCAUGGAAUGAUGUUGGAUCUUUCAAGGUGUUCCCAGCUUUGAUCUACCACUGGUAUUGCCAGUACUGUAUUCUUAUUCUCAGCCAUUCCAUUGUGGAAGGAGCUAUCCUGGCUGUUUAACCAAGCUAUUCAGUUUCCUUUAAUUUAUUAUUUAUUUUCAAAAUUAGUACUUGCCGCUUUCAAAUAAGAUCCAGAAGUACACCCAAAUUAUGAACCUGCUGCUUUGAAACAAGUAUAAACUUGCCCAGAACAGUUUGUAUACCUAUUUCUGGUUCACUUGAAUCUUUCACCGCCAGGUACAUCUGUCUUUUCUGGAUUAAACUUCUAGAGUUUAGAUUCUCAUCCCAACCCAAAGAUGGCUUUCAGGAGAAGCCAUUAUAUUUAAAUUAUGGCUUUUGAAGAUGGAUACAUUGGUUUAUUUGCUGUAAUGACUGUCUUUGUUUCUGAUAUUUAAUUUGUUUCAUAGCUCUGAUUUUAUUGGUGUAUUCCAGUUUCAUACCCCUCAACUGUUCCGCUUUGAGCAGCGUAUUCCAGUAUUAUAGAAGUCACCCUGGCUUCUGAUUGGAUCCCUUGCACACUGCACAUACUCCUUCCGGUUCAAGAUUUCUCUGUCAAAUUUCAGGUGAUUUCCCCUCAUGUACAGCACAAACAUCAGAAGGGAGGGUACAGAUUUCCAAAUUAUCUGGAACUCUGAGUGAUGCCAGGGAAAGAAGGUACUCAGCACACCUGACUUCCCAUUUGCAUGUACAACUCAACCAUUGCAAUGUCCAAACAGCACUAGAUUAAAGCCCCAAUCCAAAGGACUGGAUGGCAGGGCUCCCACACACAAACCUUUCCCUUGAAGUAGCAAACCCUGCUGUCCAACAAGACCGCUCCUGAAAAAGGAGGGAGUUUCAGAAGCAGACUGUUAAGCACCACACAACAAGCAGCUAUAGCUGGGUGAUGGUAAGGUGAAACAGACCUGAAUUAGAUCACAGCCCUAAGCCUUUACUUGAUGUCGUUCUGUGAAGUGUCAUGUCAUCUCCACAAUCACUUACAUUAUUAUUUUUAUUAUUAAUUAUUUUUAACCAUUCCUGGCAUUUCCACUUCACGCUGCUUAUUAAGACUUCAGAGAUACAAACCAGUAGCUCAGUAAUUGCUUUCUUGAAUCUGCCUUUAAUAAUUACAUUUAGUAAAGCUGUAUUGAAAAUUAGAAAGGCAGAGACUAAUGGAAAACUAGAUUUUUCACUGAAUUAGAAAGCAAGACAAUCCAUAUAUUGACAACAUUUCAAGUUGAAACAGAUCAGGAAAACUGUUUUGGACUGUCUGUUCAAAGAGCCAAACAGAGGCCUGAUGUGCAGUGGCAUCUACAUUUUAUACCGACAGAGAAACUAUAAGAGAUUUCAUGUAAAUAGCUGUCUUGAGAGGAUAAUGCAAUUCCAAUUUGAAUGCAAGUCUUUUGAAUUUGGGGUGGAGGGGCACUGAAUUUUCUCUUUUGGCGUGUAACGAAACAAGGAAACUGAGCUGUUCUGCUAAUGGAGUGAAACCAUCUUUAAAUUAGAAAGGAAAAAUGUUUCAUUGAAAAAUGUAGCAAAUAUCAAUAGUACAAAGAAGUUUAUCUGAAUACUUGGCUCAUAGGUGACAUACAAUUUGAAGUUUUAAAAAAGCUAUCCUCACUGGCCUCUCCUUUUCUACUUGACUAGCUGUGCUAGCUAUUACUUGGUACUAACUAAGCAAAAGUACUUUGUAAACCAGUAGUAUUAUGCAAACAGCAGAAAUGUUACCAAAUGGGCCAUGGGUGAGUCCUAAUACCUGCUUACCUGGGAGAAAGCCCCAGUGAACUAAAUGGGAUUUACUUUUCAGGAGACAUUUCUAGGCUUGUGGUAUUAAUGCAAGAUCUAGAGUGGUGCUGUGGUCUAAACCACAGAGCCUAGGGCUUGCCAAUCAGAAGGUCGGCGGUUCGAAUCCCCACGGCGGGGCGAGCUCCCGUUGCUCGGUCCCUGCUCCUGCCAACCUAGCAGCUCGAAAGCACGUCAAAGUACAAGUAGAUAAAUAGGUACCGCUCCGGCGGGAAGGUAAAUGGCGUUUCCAUGCGCUGCUCUGAUUCACCAGAAGCGGCUUAGUCAUGCUGGCCACAUGACCCAGAAGCUGUACGCCGGCUCCCUCAGCCAAUAAAAGCGAGAUGAGCGCCACAACCCCAGAGUCAUCCAUGACUGGACCUAACGGUCAGGGGUCCCUCUACCUUUACCUAGAGUGCCUUCUAAAGUAUACAUCACCAUGCUGAGUUGUGUAAUUCCUGAAUACAUACUCAAUGUUUUGUCCAAAAUGGCCACUAUGUCUGAGGACUGUGGGAGACUUGUAAACACCUCUCUUUCCCCUCCUCCCCAAUUUUGGGGGUGGUGUAUUCUCAGGCAGAAAACUGGAUACAACAUGUAGAGUUUCAAAAGACGAAGUGAGAAGAUUACAUUGGGUAUUUUACAUUUUUUGUAGAGCUAGGUCUAGGCAUUGGGUAGCACCAGUAUUGGAGCUGUAUGCAGUGGUACCUUGGUUCCCAAAUGGCUUAGUUGUCAGAUAAAUCGGCUCCCAAACACCGCAAACCUGGAAGUGACUGUCCUGGUUUGUGAACGUUUUUCGGAAGCCGAACGUCCGACGUGGCUUCCGCUUGAGUGCAGAAAGCUCCUGUGGCCAAUUGGAAGCUGUGCCUUGGUUUUCCAACAGUUUUGGAAGUAAAACAUACUCCCGGAAUAGAUUAAGUUCAAGAACCAAGGUACCACUGUAGUUGGGAACUCAUUUGUCUGCUUCUGUACAGGGAUCAGGUCCCUUGGAGAUAGUUCAAAAUAAAUUUCAAUUAUCAUUACUGUUGCUUCCCUACCCCCCAUCUGUACCUUCUGGUUUAUGCAGAGCUGAACUGGCUAUACAGUGGUACCUCAGGUUAAGUACUUAAUUCGUUCCGGAGGUUCGUACUUAACCUGAAACGGUUCUUAACCUGAAGCCCCACUCUAGCUAAUGGGGCCUCGUGCUGCCGCCACGCCGCCGGAGCACAAUUUCUGUUCUCACCCUGAAGCAAAGUUCUUAACCUGAAGCACUACCGGUAUUUCUGGGUUAGCGGAGUCUGUAACCUGAAGCGUAUGUAACCUGAGGUACCACUGUAUAGCAAUACUAACAGUGGUAUACAAAAUUAUGUUUAACCUUUGGCUAAAAUUUACCCUUUUUUUGUCCUCUUAUGGCAGCCUUUGAGGAAAUGAACAAUCACUCUUGCAAGGGGGUCAUUUCAUCCCUGUAGUGAAUUUGGGGUUUUUCUUUAACUAUAUUCAAAGAGUUUGGGUGUGGAGUUCGUUAAAAAGCUUUUGAAGCAGGGAUUGACUGAUGUGACCUUUCAGAUGGACAGAGCAACUGUAUCUGUUUCUAAAAUAGCACGACUGCAUAAGAAUUUCCCUUGCAUUCCUCAUGUAUUACCUUCUUCUUUUGAGAAUUUGCAGAGACUGAGAGAUAGGAUGGUCUUUACUGAAGCCCAGUUAAAGCUGAUGCCCUCAGAUGAUUUAAAAGCAAGUUUCCAAAACAUGCCGUAUUCUGAACGUAUCUGUCGUCGUAACUUAAACUGUGCUGUGAGGACCUUGUGCAUAUUAUUAUAUGUUGUCUUUUGUAUAAUGCAUUGGGAAAACAACACUUGGGACAAAUUUUAGGGAGAAAUGAAGAGAGGUCUGACCUCGAGUCUGUAAUUUAUCUGCUAGGCAGACAAGAUAAAUAUACAACUGUGAAGACUGCACGUUUUCUAUCUGCAGUAGCUGAUGAGAGGGGAGAAUUCUUGAGAGAGACUCCUGUGUCUUGUCAGGGAGGUUCAGAAUUUGCAAAGUUUGUUUUAUCCUUUUAAUCGCUUGCUUGCUUUUAUUCAUAGUUGUGUAAACUCAUUUCAUUUUAGUAUUUAUUGAAAGAGGCACCAUUUUAUUUUAUUUAUAAGGGCACAUGAUCUGCCAGGGAGAUCCGGCAUUUUAAGCUUUUUGCGUUUUAUUUGGGUCUGAUGAAUAGAAUAGAUUAGCUCAGAUCAAAUUCAUUUAUGUCUAAACACCUUUCCUCUCCCUGUGGCCUCUUCCACCUGGAAUCAGAAGCUGUGAGAAACAGCAGCAGCUGCCCAAAUGAGGAAGCCUUGCCCUGUGAGGGACUAAAAAUUAAUUAACUAAUGUGGCCACUUAAAAUAGAAGUGAAAACUUUCUAUUUUAUCUUUGCAUCCGCACUGGAGGAGAGAGGAGGGGAGAGCACACAAACCUGAGGUUUCCCUAAUACAGUGUUUCCCAAACUUGGGUCUCCAGCUAUGUUUGGACUACAGUUCCCGUCAUCUCUGACCACUGGUUCUGCUAGCUAGGGAUGAUGGGAGUUGUAGGUCAAAAACAGCUGGAUACCCAAGUUUGGGAAACACUGCCCUAAUACUAAUCCAGUGGUGGGGAACCAUCAGUCUGCCAGACCUUCCACAAGGCCAUUUUCACAAAGUCAUGCCCACUUGUCUUACACCUGAUUUCAUCUAUGACAUCAUGCGUGGUACAGGGAAAGUUGUGGCUGGGGAGAAUGGGAAUUUGUGAGUGCUUGCAAAGUCACGAGUGUGGAGCUUUGCAAGCCCCACUUAUCAGCUAAUCACCAGUGCUUGCAAAGUAUUGUGCCUUUGCUCUUACAGCCUGAUUUCAAACCAUGUAGGCCUGUUGUCCUUGCAACGUCAGGCAAUUGACAGGUGGGUGACCCCACCCAUCUGCCAAACUAGGCCCAGGGAUGGGUAGUGGGAUAUAAGGAUCCAGUCGAAUUAGAUUCCCAUCCCUGCACUAAACCAAUUGGUUCACUUUUAAGAGUCUAUAUGUAUGGUUUUAAUGUGCAUUUAACUAUAAUUUUAACCUGGCUAUUUUAAAAGAAACAUAAGCAGCACUCUAACAUUUGAAAUAUCUGAUUAAGAAGUUCAGUUUUUAUUCUGCCCAGGGCCCAACCACCUUCCUUCUCAAAGUGGACUAUUGAUAAAUUUCCAUCUGCAAUUGUUUCACUUUCACAGUAUUUCUCCUUCCUGGUUAUUCUGACAAAGGGAAUGGAAGGAGAAGUAUAGGAAUUAUGGGUACAGAAGAUGAAGCAGAUUCAUUCUCCAUUGCUCCAAAUGGCAGAAGGUAUCAUGUUGUUAGUGUAAAUGUGUUAUAUUUACAGUACUGAAAUGUUGGUUGUUCUGUAUGUUGUUACAUUUGUUAUUACAUUGCUGCUUCAUUAUGUUACUAUGAAAUUGUUCUUGCAAGGGUUGAUUUUGAGAUGUACAGUGGUACCUCAGGUUAAGUACUUAAUUCAUUCCGGAGGUCUGUUUUUAACCUGAAACUGUUCUUAACCUGAAGCACCACUUUAGCUAAUGGGGCCUCCCGCUGCUGCCAUGUCGCCGGAGCACAAUUUCUGUUCUCAUCCUGAAGCAAAGUUCUUAUCCCGAGGUACAAUUUCUGUGUUAGCGGAGUCUGUAACCUGAAGCGUAUGUAACCUGAUGCGUAUGUAACCCGAGGUACCACUGUAUUUCAGUUUUUGUUGUUGCUGAUGUUCGAACAUGAUUCUUGGUCUACUGAGACUGUCAGGGAUACUGCAGUUAUGUCCUGCAGAAAGCUGGACAAGAUAAGAAUUAAGUUCUCUUUAAAUUCUGUGAAUGUCUUUCAGAGCUUGAAGGGUGGUAUGAGCUGGCCUAUUCAUAUCCCACUAUGGUUUUGCUGUUUUUGUUGUACUUCCUUAAGUUCUUCGGUCUUUCUUUGAACUUCUUUAAAAAUACGAAAGCUGUUAAAUUGUUUUGUUAGUCUUCCUUUGGUACCAAAUUAUUGAUGAAUCAGAAAAUAUUCUUUUAGAGAUUUGUCAGCUAAGACAAUGCUCAGUUACAAGUUUUCCUUUCCCAUUCCUCCAUGCCCUUUGAACUUUCCUCAUUUGUAUUAUAAUGGAUUCAAUAAUACAUUGAGUUCUGCAUAUCCUGGAAUAUUCUAGAAAGCUUAAAGCUUCUUGCUUUUUAUAACUUCCAUUAAAAUAUAACUUGACCGUACAGUGUGCAUCCUUUCUGUUUUUGUAUUGCUGGAUCCUUCUGAUGCUUUAAGAGUUCCAGUAAUCACAUAUUAGAAUAACAAAAUAACCAAUAAGAUUUCCCCUCUUGGUUGCAUCUGGUUCUUUAUGGUCAGAACAGCUAUUUCUUUUUGUUCUUGUAAAGCUAUGUUCAACAUACUUAGAAGGGAUAGCUUGCUUUUAGUCAGUGAACUAUACUCAGAUUUGUUUCAUCUGUUUUGUAAAAUUGAUUCUGAAAUGGGUUGUUAUCUCUUGAAUGCUCUCUAGGUUGCCUAUGAGAAAUCUUGACCUGAGUGGAAUUAGUUGUGAUGAUGUUCAAGGGUUACAGGUGGCCAAUAAAAAUGCAGAUUAGGUUCAUCAGCAUUCAACCAGGAUUUGUAAUGUUGACUAAUGCUAGUUCGCAAGCAGCUGACCUCUUAUGUUUUUAUUUCCUUAUGUUGUUUUUAGUUAGGCUGUGUUUGUGUUUAAUCAGAUUAUGCAUUAAGUGGUAUAUUCGUGGACCUAUAAUAAAUAUGCAUUUCAUUCAUUGCAUCAUAUUAUUAUUAUAAUGCUAGUGCUACAGAAGAUGCACUCUGUAUUUGCUGUCACUAGUGAUUCCAGAAAUGAUUGAAAAGAUGGUUUCAAAAAGAGGUAAGGAAAGUUCAUAUUAAACGGAGUGAGGAUGAGCUGAUUGACACAUGUCAGAAAACAGUUGUCAUUCCUUGAAUUAUCUAUAUAGAUUUUCCCUCUCAAGAUUCACUUCCUGACACUUAGGCAUUCCCGAAAUUCUUUGUAAGAUCAUGCCUCCAGCACAGGCACCCAUCCUGACCUAGCAGCUUUUAUUUUUUUAAUUCCCAGGAAAGCUUCCUGCAUCCAGUAGGUAGAACUAGAGGAGCUUAAAGAGUCAGUAUCCAGAUUUCAGUAUGUUCUUCUUUUAGUUAGAAUUACUUUAAAAUCAUUACAUCAUUGCUAUUUCGUUAAAAUGUAUGUCUUAUAUAUUUUUAUAGAGAAUUGUUCUAAGAACCAAAGCAUUCUUUUGAAUGGUUUGUUGACUCAUCCGAAGUCAUUUUUUAGGAACUAGAAGUGAAUUAUAUUACUGUGCAUAAGCUCUUACUACAAUUCUUGAGUAUAUGAGUCAUUAACAGAAAGCAAUUAUUUUCUUUUUUUAAAAAGAAACUUUUGACAUGCUGAAGCAGACCAUUCCUGGGUCACAUUCAAAUGCUUGCUGAAAGGUAAACAGAUGAGAGAGAAGUGAUUAGGGUAUUUAAAAGAGAAAGCACAAUUUUAAACUUUAACCAACGUAAGAGAAAAAUAACAAACGCAAUUGUUUGCAUUUGGAAUGAGACAAACUCAACUUAGACAUCAGACCUUAUUUUCACAACCCUUUCAUUUUCUUCAUAAAAACCUUUCCUCUGAAGGAUGGACUGGUCAAAUUUUGGACCUCUUCCUUGUUCUGACAGAAUCAGCCAUCUGUAGAGUGUUUUCUGUUCUUCAUGAGAAACCUCCACAAGCUUCCAGAGAAUCCUAGGGGUCUUGGGAACAGAGUUUGAAAACCAGAGCUAUAGUGGAUUGAAUGUUCAGUUGGAAACCAACAAAGUUACCAUUAAAUGCAGGGUCUAAAAUCACUUAAGGAAAUCAGCCCUGAGUGCUCACUGGAAGGACAGAUCGUGAAGCUGAGGCUCCAAUACUUUGGCCACCUCAUGAGAAGAGAAGACUCCCUGGAAAAGACCUGAUGUUGGGAAAGACUGAGGGCAGAAGGAGAAGGGGACGACAGAGGACGAGAUGGCUGGACAGUGUUCUUGAAGCUACCAGCAUGAGUUGGACCAAACUGCAGGAGGCAGUGAAAGACAGGAGUGCCUGGCGUGCUCUGGUCCAUGGGGUCACAAAGAGUCGGACACGACUAAACGACUAAACAACAACAACAAAAUCACCUGGCUUCACCACUGUCUGCAGCUCACUGUUGUAUAUGCACUGCCAGCCAAUAGCUUUGCAGGGUUUGGGGCAGGUAUCUUUUUGAACCCUACCUGAAGCUGCCCUGGAUUGAACCUUGGACUUUCUGCAUCCAAAGCAUUGUUCGAAGUUCCCCAGGUGCCAGGAAUCUUUGCAACUGGCACGGGUCCAAUUGCAACCACAUGGAGAUCUGUGGAUGCCAGGUUGGCGUCUGACAUCUCCAUCUGGCAGGGCCCUCCAGUUGUCUUAAGCAGGUAAGCAGAAGAGCUUAUAUACUGCAUUUGUCUCCCACCUUUUUCUCCAAAGAGUACAGUGGUAUCUCGGUUUUCGAACAUAAUCCAAUCCAGAAGACUGUUCGAGUUCCGAAACGUUUGAAAACCUAGGCACAAAGAGCAGUCUGCAAAUUCAGUAGAGAAAAUUGGGGGGAAACUCAGCGGAAGCCGUUCAACUUCUGAGGCGCGUUCGAAAACUGAAGCAUUUACUUCUGGGUUUUCUGCAUUCGAAAACUGAAACAUUCAACUUCUGGAACGUUUGAAAUUUGAACCCGGAUCUCCCAGGUCCUAGUCCAGCGCUCUGACCACUACACCACACUCGCUUCCUAGAGUACUGCUGCUAUGGGGCAGCUAUUUAAAUAAAGUAGGUAAAUAAAUAUAGGGAAAGGAAAACGUCACUUAGAGAAGGAUCUGAAACAUUUCCCUUGAAGCUUGCAUUUGUUUUAUUUGAUGUUUUAAUGUGCUGUAAAGCACUUUGAGAUUUUUCUUAAAAAAUAUAAAGUGGUAUUGAAAUGAAAUAAUGAUGAUGAUAAUUUCAUUUUUAAAUCAAUUGGUGCCUAGACAUUCUGUUGUGGCAACCGUAAUCUAGGUUUAGGGUGUCAUUUGGCGAUUCACUUAUAUAUCAAUGAGUUUUUGACCCAGAUCCAAAGCAUAUAUUCUACACUGAACUAUAGCCCUUCCCACUAUGUCACUGGCUCUCAGUCACAAGGCUUAAAACUGGAAUGCAGUCAGAAAAGGAAUAUGGUUCUGGUUCUGGAAAUUGGGAUGGAUAUGCUUUUUUGCUAUAGUAAGAUGGAAGAUAGUCUCCCCAACUUACGACUGUCUUUCAUAUUUUUAUUAUAACUGGUAAUCAGAUGAUGACUUACUGGUCUAUGUUAAAAAAUAAUUUUAAAUAAAGACAGCUGUUAUGCAGAUUGAUCCAAGAACCUUGAAAGACUUUGUUAUGGCUUCCUAAAAAGAAUUCUUAAAACAGGACUUUGAUUUAAUAGGCCCCAGUUCUUCCUCUCCAGCUUUUUGAUGGUUAUAAAAUAAAAUGUCAUCUACUUGGCAUGAUGGUCAGAAGAAAAAAAUAUGAGUUUCCACACGUACUUCAAACCAAAAGCUAUCCUUCCUAUUAAUAUGAGUUAAAUUCUGGCAGACAUUUUAAAUGUCUAAUUGUUAUCCCUAUUAGGUAUUGGCUCCAUGCAGAAAAAAAUACUUUGCUACGGAUUGAGCAUGGCUUUUAUUAUGGUAAUGGUGAGAAAUUAAGAUUAUUUGGCUGACAAAUCAUUGUAGAUCUUAUCUGUUCUAUUUAAUGCGCUUACUGAUUAUGCAGUUAAAAGACAAUGUAUAGCACUGUAUGUUUGCCGGUUGCUAAACGGAUCAAACCAGAUAAAUGAAUAAUACACAUUUAACCUAUUAACGAGUUUUCUGUUUACUUAAGAAGUUACAGCCAAUCGAAAGAGGGAUUUGUUCACAACUGAGGCCAUGGCUUGCAGGAAGUGUUCUUAACUCUGAAUCCUGUGUCCUAGUGAAAAUUGUCCCUCUACUUGCUCCCCCAAAGUCUGUCAUUUUCCUUGAAAGGGAAACUGCCAUUUCUCCCAAUGGCUGCUUCUGUCCUAGGGCAGGGAUGGGUGAAGGAUCAAAUGUUACUUCAACAGUAGCAGGGAAGGCAAUGGCUAACCUCUUCCCAGAAUGGGAUAUUAAUAUUUUUGGAUGGUUAGACAUUGAGGAGGCAGUCCUUAUGGGAAGUCCCAUUACUCUCUCAACUUUAAGAUAAGAAUGUGGUAUGGUAAAUGCAUGAAUAUUUCAUAUGGGGAUUGUUCGUGUUGUGUAAACACAAUUGUUAGGGUUUAAAUUGCUAGAAACUCAUUACUUGAUGCUUGGUAAGAUCUUUUAUAGGUGACCUUUACUGCUUAUUAUGAAAAUUUCUACAUACAUGUCCAUAUUUAAUAAAACCUCAAAAUGUUUAACUGUUAGGAAAGUUUCCCUUUCUUUUAUGCACAAAUCUGUAUUGCUUCAGAAUACACCUAUGUUCCACAUUAGGCUGACCAUAGUACUCAUGCUGAGAUUCUAAAUAGUGAUCAGAUAAUCACAGUAGGACUAAUUGAAAUUAAAUUAAUAAUAUGGAUGAUAAAUACACUAUUUUGAGGGAUGCAAAAUGCCCUUCCUCAUACUGACAUGUGAAUGCAUAACCAAAAGAAUAGCAGUCUUCAGAUAUUUUCUGAAUGUGGAAGGAGCAGAGACAGAGUUUUCUACUACUGGCUUCCCCAUUCACUUUCAGCAUAAUGUCCGAAAGAGCCUGUGCAUCUAUGUGUGAGUAUAAGCUCUUUCCGACAUUACAAUUCUCAUUGGCUGCUAGUCCUGUGAAUCACUGCAACCCUGUCGUUUGUGUCAGAGCAUUUAAUUUGAAGAAUUAGUACUCACAGUCAUUGGCACCAAUGGCUUAAGCUACCAGAAUAAGGUUAAGAAAAGGGAGAGAAAAGAUGAAGGUGACCAAAAGUGUGCUGUGUACACAGAUUCCAUGCAGAUUCCAGUACCUGAUCUGAAAUGCUGACUCUUCUAACUAUCUCCCCUCUCCGUGUAAUGUGAACAGAUUCCAUUAGAGUGAUAAAAGUAUCCUCGUGACAAUGUAGAGAACAGGUUCAGGGGUCUUCAGGCAUACUGGCCAUGUUUACAUGUAAUGCUAAGCUAAACCAUGGGUUGUCGCAAGCAUGCUGGUUCAGGUUGAAGGCCUUCUUUGGUUCAGUAUCUUGUCCUCACAGUGACCAGCCAGAAAUCUGAAUGUGACAGCACUCUCCCAACUUUCGAUGUCCAGCAACCCGGCAAAUUGCAUCCAAUUUGCUCCUCCUCUGCCUUUUUAGUUUAGCACAGCACAGCAGCUAAGGCAAGGUUCCCUAUCCAAAAUCCUUUCGCAAGUUAAUUUUAAAAAUUCAGUAGUUUCUGGUCUAGAAUUGGGUUCUAAUAUUGGUGCCCUGACUUUAUCUAAUCCAAGGAUCUCCUAAUAGAACAAAUCCUGAAAGUAAGCAUAUUUGGUUACAGUAGCAAUGGCCUCUCAUUAUUAUGCUUUUCUGCUGGCCUUGGUUUUGCUAGGUUAUGUUUUCAUGAGCAUUUUGAGAUACUUCUUGUCACCUGCCCUGAGAUCUGACCCAGUGACCUGAAAAUCAAGAAAAUGUCAUGUUAGUGGCUACUAAUUAGUGGAACUAGAGAGCAUCUUCAGCUGGCCUUUCAACCUUCCACAGGAGGAAGCAAAAGCUGUCAUACACAUCAUGCAAAGAAAAUGAGCCCAAACCAUUUUUUUUAAUGGUGUAAACACUAGAGCAAGCCCAGCUGAGACUAGAGAUGAAUAUGUAGGUUAGGUGGAAAUUAACCUGCAGUGUAGUCUUUGCAUUUAUAUUUUAUGUGUUCCACAAGACAUGCUACCACUAUCACUGAAUUGUAUGUGUGUAAGGUUGUUGAUGUACUAUAUAGCACAUCGCUGAAAGACCCAGAUAUUCUUGAGUUGUUUUGCUAUAUAUAUAUAUAUAUAUAUAUAUAUACACACACACACACAUAUAUACACACACACACACACACACAUAUAUAUAUAUAUAUAUAUAUAUAUAUAUAUAUAUAUAUAUAUGCUUCUACUAGGUUGAUUGUAUAGUGGAAGUUUUUUAAGCCUCACAAAUCUUCAUUGUCCUUGGAUGUAUUUGUGGAGCCCACUGGUUAGCAGGGGAUUUAACCAGCACACUCAUUAAUCAGUGGCUACACCUCAGUAUCUCCUGAGUGUCUUGUGUUUGGGGGGAAGGAACAAAUCAGCUUCAGUAAUUCUUUCCUUUAAACACAUCACAAAGCAAACAGGGUUUUGAACAGGUAAAGUAAUCUCUUGAAUUGGUUUUUACAGGUCUUUAAGAUAGAGGUACUAAUGAAUGGAAGAAAGCACUUUGUUGAAAAGCGGUAUAGUGAAUUUCAUGCUCUUCAUAAAAAGGUAAAUAUUGUACGUAAGUUGUUAAAGUGAUUCUGCUUGAACCUUCCUUCCACUUGUUCCAAAGUGAUUUCUCUGGUUUCUGAAUCUUUUGUGUUUCAUUUCUUUCGUCUUUCUAGCCCUGUGAGGAAAGGAUACAAUAUUUAGGGCUCUUUAGGGGGAAAGGCAAGUAAAGAUAGAGGGGCAUAAAAUUGCACAUGGUGUGGUGGAGAAAGUUAGAGGUAUUUUUAUUCAUUUUGCAUAAUACUAGAAUCCCAGGGUUAUCCAGAGAAGCUGGAUUUUGGAAGAUUUGAGACAAGCAAAAGAUAGAAUUCACUCUCACAACAUGUAGUAAUGGCCACCAGCUUGAAUGGCUUAAAAACAGGAUUAGAAGAAUGGCGGAUAAUGGCUACAGGUCAUGAUGGCUUUGUCCUAUGUCCUCUGUUUGAAGCAGAUGGGAGGAUGGGCUGUUUUAAAGCCCUUUGUACAAAUUCACAGAGCAGGGCUGGGAUGUUUACAAAAGGUUUACGUACCCCUCUUUCCUCCCAGUUUCUCUUUUAAACCUCAGCAGUUUGAAGGAGAAGUGGGAAAGGGGAUGUGCUCUGAUCUGCCCAUCAGAGAAUGAUGGAGAAUGGGAGUAUGCCUUUGAAGGCCCUACCUUCAAGAGGACUGAAGAUGCACUGUGCUCCAUCCAUCAGCUGAUGGAGGAUAGACAGAGAGUAGCAUGCUUUGCUGGAUCCAUCGAACAACUGGGGAGCUUUAAGCUCCCAGCUGCUCCAUUGAAAUCCUCCUUUCACCCAUGUGGCUUGCUGAAAAUGGCCUGCCAGGCCAAAUGAGGAGACCUAGAGGGCUACAUUUAGUCUGGAGGCUCCUCACCCCUGCAGUAAUGUUUCUGUGAUGCAACCAUACUUUUUUUUUAAAAAGUGUGCUCAAUUCACAUAGCAUUUUACCAGGAAGUGGGGAUGUGUUGUAAGAGGAAGAAGGUGUGUGCCUUAAUUCUUCCAAACUAGAAAUACUACACAUACAAAAAAAUCACUUAUGAGAGGUCAGUGGAAUUUCAGUGGAAUUUUUGGGUUUUCCCUUUCUGCCUUACUGGUUUUCUUAUUAAAGACCUCUUCUAGAACAAUUGUGUGGGUGUAUGAGCCAUUGUAUUGUAUAGUCUUCCUUGAGCAAUGGUUUUGGAUGUUCAAACUUUUUAUCAGCAGAGACUUUUGUUGACACAUCUUUCAGUAGGGUGACAUCUCCUCAGGCUCAAAGAUGAAAUGUAAAUUUCUCAACUCCUGUGGGUGUUCACGUCAAAGUCAAUUUUGAGUUUCUGUCUUUGCAGUUCCGCACACACAUCCAUCACAUUCAUUUAGAGGUGAGAGAAUACCUAUGUCGCCUUGUAUCAAAUAUAGGAAAUCCACUCUAAGUGCUUUUCACUUUCUCUUUUUCUCUUUUGAAUUGUAGAGGGGCUUCUGCUUGGAACCUUGUUAAUCAUUCAUUCAGCUUUACAAAUAUUUCUCUGGCUCAUCUUUAUAGCAGUCCUGAGUUGUAGUUGUUACUACACACGAGAGAGACCUAAGGAUAAGAGAGGGUGACUUGAUAAAGGCCGCACAGAUGUCUCCCAGUAGUUAGUUGUUUAAGACAUAUGUAUCCUGGCCUUCCAUCAUAAAAUAAUCCAAAGGAUGGCUAGCAACAUAAAGAAAAUCCAUAUGCAUAUCAUAAAAGCAACACAAUGGAAGAUAAGCACAACAAAUUAAACAAGGUGGCUAACUAGCAGACGAGAUAUGGAGCUCUCCCAUCCUUGACAAUCCAUUUUGGUAAAUCUCCUGAUGUCACAGAACCUCAGGUGAUUCAAUUUCAGAUGAAGAACUGGGAGCACGCUGAAGAGUGCAGUCCUGAUUCUUCCUUUCUUCCUAUACAGGUGUGGCUUGUGCCAUUCCUACAAAGGAAGACUUCCAAUCCAUUGCGUGGAAUCCAGUGUAGUGCUAAUACCAUUGUUCCAUCAGCACGAGGAUUUCUGUUGGUUCAACAGAACAUUCUCCCCCACCUUUGUGGGCUCCCAAAAUAUGGCCUAGGAGUUUUUCCAACCAUCUGGAGCAGGUUUGGGGAGGGCAUGGGGAGCAGGGAGGAAAAGUAUUGAUGUGCAAGCAAAAAUCCUUGCACUGAUGGAAUGUGUUAAUAGAAGACGGUUAAUGCACAUUGAAAUAAUAGUGCAAGCCCAUGUUUUGUGCGUCCUUGUCAAGCAACUUUACCUACCCAAUCACUUCUUAAAAUCCUCCAAAUUUAAAAGGUGGUUUGGAGACUGGAAGGAAGACAGAAUAAAAAACCAGCUAUAUAUGCAAUCCUAUAAAUUUAGUUACCACAAGGGAAGUACAGUUACACUUAUUCCAUUGGAACCAUUUUCCAGGGCCUGGAAUAGGUCACUAAUAGAGCACAAUAUACAUCCGAGUUAAGAUUUACUGAACUUCAUUUUUCUGUUGUGUUUUUCAUUGUGAUUUCAGUUGAAUUCCCUUGGUUCCUUGCUUUCUGUUUCUUCAAAUAUCUGUGAAAUAUGGGUGGUUCAGUAUUGCACAGCUUAUUUGUUGUUUUCUAAAUGCCUAAUCCUGGAAAAGGGACUAAAGUCAAAUUGCAUUUUGAACAAGUGAUACUGUUUUUAAGGUUUGUUUAUACACGUAAUACACAAGAGUGCAGCUAAAAUCUGUGUUAAACUAAAUUCUUUAGAUUUUAUUAGGUGUGUAGAUUGGCCACUUCACAUAGUAAUAUUUAGCUGACAUAACAAUGCUUAGUUCUUGCUUAAAAAAUUGCACAGCAUGUUGCCUGUUAAUAGUAUUUAUUUCAAAUUCACUUCACCAUCUUGUAUACAAUAACAUUUGUAAUGGAAUAAAGUCAGUUUAUUUGUAGACUGUUAAGGUUUUUGAUAACAAAAUUCAUUUCACUGUCUUUCUGUCUCCUCAACCCUCCUUGCUGUUUCUUUCUGGUUUUGUAUUCCCUGUAUUCACCUCCCUUUGAAUGCUUUCCUUUUCAUUUCUAAAGGGACUUUAUUUGGGAGAAAUUUAUUUCUGUUCAUAUUUGUAGCUUAAGAAAUGCAUAAGAACACCAGAAAUCCCUUCGAAGCAUGUAAGGAACUGGGUGCCCAAAGUUCUGGAACAGCGUCGGCAAGGCUUGGAAGCUUAUUUACAGGUAAGCUGCUUAUAGCAAUGCCUAUUUCCUUGAACUUUUGGUUGGAUGCAGACGUAGUCAUGGUUUGACCAGACCCGCUGAAAUCCAUCAAUGCUCAUCCAUUGUUUCAGAAUAUUGACACAGUGAAGAAUCAUGAUAAUAAGGUAUAAAGGUAAAGGACCCCUGGACGGUUAAGUCCAGUCAUGGGGUUGCAGCAUUCAUCUUGUUUUCAGGCCGAGGGAGUCGGUGUUUGUCUGCAGACAGCUUUCCGGGUCAUGUGGCCAGCAUAACUUAACCACUUCUGGCAUGACGGAACACCGUGACAGAAACCAGAGUGCACGGAAACACCAUUUACCUUCCCACCACAGUGGUACCUCUUUUAUCUACUUGCACGGGCGUGCUUUCGAACUGCUAGGUUGGCGGGAGCUGGGACAGAGCAAUAGGAGCUCACCUCGGCGUGGGGAUUCGAACUGCCAACCUUCUGAUCGGCAAGCCUAAGAGGCUCAAUAGUUUAGACCACAGCGCCUAUUAUUAUUAUUAUUAUUAUUAUUAUUAUUAUUAUUCUCUGCCCAUCAGGCUGGAUUUCCCCAGCCUCAGUGAACAACUUGCUGUUUCAAACUUGUGUAUUCAAGCAACCAUUUUAUCUCUUCUGUAUAUAUUUGUUUAAGACAUUUAUAAACUACCCUUUUAAUUUAGUAGCUAACUGCUUCUGUACUAUUUGGGAUAUAGUUGUAAUGCUGUUGUACUAUAUUUGAGCUUGGUAAAGCUCUGCGAUGUAAAUUAAGUUGAUUCAAAGAUGGGCGGUCAAGAACCAUCAUAGUGUAAUGAGUAGAGUGCAAGACUAGGACUGAGGAGACUGGCUCAAUCUCUGCUUGGUCGUGAAGCUCACUGGGUAACCUGGUUCCAGGCACAAUCUUUCACCCUAAACUAGCUUACUGGUGAGAAGAUAAAAUAUAUGUAUGGAAGAGCCUUGAGCUCCUUGGAAGAAAAGGUAAAGGUAAAGGGACCCCUGACCAUUAGGUCUAGUCGAGGCCGACUCUGGGGUUGCGGCGCUCAUCUCGCUUUAUUGGCCGAGGGAGCCCGCGUACAGCUUCCGGGUCAUGUGGCCAGCAUGACAAAGCUGCUUCUGGCGAACCAGAGCAGUACACGGAAACGCUGUUUACCUUCUCGCCGGAGCGGUACCUAUUUAUCUACUUGCACUUUGACGUGCUUUUGAACUGCUAGGUUGGCAAGAGCAGGAACCGAGCAACGGGAGCUCACCCCGUCGCGGGGAUUCGAACCGCCGACCUUCUGAUCGGCAACUCCUAGGCUCUGUGGUUUAACCCACAGCGCCACCCACGUCCCUCUCCUUGGAAGAAAAGUGAGGUAUAAAUACAAUAAACAGUAAUAAUAGGUGUUGUAAGAAUAUGUGGAAUGGAAGAACAUACCAGUAUAUACUAUCCUCACCAUCUUGCUCAGGAAAACAUUUACAUAUUGGCUCAGCUCUCAUGUAAUGCUGAGCCAAAUCAUGGCUAGGCAAGAACACAUGAAUGUGCGGGUACCUCUAGUAAAAACCACAGUUAACUUCACCACUACCGUGAUUGUGGUGUCCAAGCUAAGCUCUGGGUUUGCUUAGCAUUAUGCCCCAGCCUGGGUUUGUGGUUUGUGUCCCCCAGGUAAAUCACGGCAAGCCAAACCUUGGCUACAGCUUGUGGUUUGUUGGUUCCAGACAUACCAUGAGCACAAGUUCAUAUGUAAUGCUAAGCUAAACCAUGGUUUAGCUCCAGGCAGCAUGGCAGCAGGACAACCGGGGAGCAGUGAAUCAACCACCAUUUCCCCUUUGAGUACCGCCACACUCAAACAUUCUCAGUUAGCCAUGGUUUUAGUGUUAAAUGUGAGUCAGUUUACUGGUUUCGACUGAAUUAAUUUCGGCCAAUUGUGUCAUCUCUUUUACUAGUUAAUAAAAAUCUGAAGUUAUUUUACUCUUCUUUUACUUUUCUGCAUCAGUAGCCUGUUCAUUUUUAUAACACUGCACCAAGAUCAGCAAAUUAUCACUCUUACAGCGAAGACAAACAAUUAAAAAAAACUUCUCUGCAGCUGUUCACCAGGCUGAUAGAUACUGUGUAUAUGAAAAAUCUUUUUUUAAAAAAAUAAUAUUUAUUAAAGUUUCAAAGGGGGGAAAAAAUCACAUUAGUAAAAAAAAAUUAACAAUGAAAAGGAAAAAUACAAAGUAGGAAGGAAAAAAAAACAGUUAAAAACAAUUCCAUCUUUUCCUCACUUCUUUUACAUUUACUUGUUUCCCGGACCUCCUCAUACCUCCCUCUUUUGUAUUCCAAUUAAAUUUGUUAAUCCAACAAUUCCUUUCCCUCCUUUUUAAUCCUAAUCUUUAAUCUUGAUAUAUUAUAAUUUUAAAUUUUUACAUAUUAAAAACCAAUUUUUCCAUAUUCUUUUGUACCUGUACAGCUAGAAACCACUUAACUUCAAUCCAACAUCAUUCUAACAUUCAUUAAUUUUGCAAUAUUUCUGUAAAUAGUCUUUAAAUUUCUUCCAAUCUUCUUCCACCAACUCUUCUCCCUGGUCACGGAUUCUGCCAGUCAUUUCCGCCAAUUCCAUGUAGUCCAUCAUAUUCAUCUGCCAUUCCUCCAGUGUGGGUAGAUCUUGUGUCUUCCAAUGCUUUGCAAUGAGUAUUCUUGCUGCUGUUAUAGCAUACAUAAAGAAAGUUCCGUCCUUUUUUAACACCGAUUGGCCGACUAUGCCCAGGAGAAAGGCCUCUGGUUUCUUCAAGAAGGUAUAUUUAAAUACCUUUUUUUAGUUCAUUAUAUAUCAUCUCCCAGAAAGCCUUAAUCUUUGGGCACGUCCACCAAAGGUGAAAAAAUGUACCUUCAGUUUCUUUAUAUUUCCAACAUUUAUUAUCAGGCACAUGAUAGAUUUUUGCAAGCUUGACUGGGGUCAUGUACCACCUGUAUAUCAUUUUCAUAAUAUUCUCUCUUAAGGCAUUGCAUGCCGUAAACUUCAUACCUGUGGUCCAUAACUGUUCCCAGUCAGCCAUCAUUAUGUUAUGUCCAACAUCUUGUGCCCAUUUAAUCAUAGCAGAUUUCACCGUUUCAUCCUGAGUAUUCCAUUUCAACAGCAAGUUAUACAUUCUUGACAAAUUCUUAGUUUUGGGUUCUAACAGUUCUGUUUCCAAUUUUGAUUUUUGUAUAUGAAAAAUCUUAAAGCAGAAGAAUAACAUUUAACUCCAGUGUUCCUCCCUGGAUUAUUGUUUUGGAUUUAGGGAUGGGGUUGUUGAUCAUUAUUGCUAUUUAAAUUGUAUCAUAUUUUUAUAUGUUGUAACACUGCUCCCCUCAGCCCCCGUAGAUCUACUACUGAAGUGCAGGUAAGAACUAUAAUAAUCUCUCCUUCAAUAACACAUUUGACACAAAAAAUAAACCGUUUGUUACGUUAAGUCAGAGAUAGAACCUCCUUCCAGGGUUCUGCUUUACUCUGAACAAACAAAAUACAUGUCAAAUAUUCAUCAAAUUACGUAUCUCUUAGAACAGGCAUGUCCUAAGUCCGUUUUGGGGGGCUAAUCUGGCCCGCUGGUCGAUUUAAUCCAGCCCCCCAUGGCAGUAUAUGUGCUGGGUAAAAUCCUAAAAAAAAGCUCAGCAACUUUGGUCCCCCCUCACCCAUGUUCACUUCAUCAAAUCUGGCCCUCUUUGAAAAAAAGUUUGGGCACCCCUGUCUUAGAAUAAAGUAUGCAAAUGCAUUUAUGGCACUAAAAACUGGUCUCAUUUUGUUGGUAUCCAACAGUAUACCCAUAUAAUGAAAGAAAAUGAGUCUAAUACCAAUUAUUUGACUAACUUUUGUGGUAAUGAAGUGAGACUAUAUAGUAACUUAUUUGUUAUUUCAUUAUGAAUCUUUAACAAUUAGUAUAGCUCACAUUCACAUCUGUAUUGUAGCCCUAGUGUAAAGCAUGUUGUGAUAUUCUGAGCAGUAAAAAAAACCCAUUGACCUAAAGCAAUACUAUGCUGAUACAAAAAUUUAUAUAUUCAGCCCUAAGUAUACAGUGUCUUGAACAUGAAAUAUUUAGCUCUGUAGCAGCUAUAGGAUAGCAAUGCAAUAUAAAUUACAAAGCAGUUGUGUCAUAUAUAAAUGACUUGUAUAUUGGAACUUUUUUAAUGUAUGAAAUUCUUCUAUCAUGUUGCCAGCCUUCAAGGAAUUUGGGUUCCUGGAGAUGCAACACUUCUAUAGUGAAGUGAACAUGUUGUUGUUUUGUUUCUCUGAAUGCUUGUUGUGUAGUCUGUUGAUAUUCUGAGUACUGGCAUAAUAGAUCAUAUCUCAGUUCUUUCAGCAGAAGAAUCUCAUUGCUAAUGGUUUCUGUCUUGGUUAAGAUAAGGUGUAGCUAUCAGAGGCUGUGAUAAAACAGUACUAGCUUAGAAUAAAAAGUGUCUGCUGUAGGAGUAAACAGUUUGCCUCUGCUAAGCUUCUAGAUACUAAUUGGCAUAAUGAGCACACACUUAGGAUUUCUGUGGUCUAUGCAGAAGGAAUGUUAUUGGUGAAAAUUAACAUUGUCUUUGGAUUUGAAGAAAAUAUGACUGCUUCCAAUAUCUUCUCAGUCAUCUUCCUCAUACAGAAUAAAAAAAAUAAAGUGUGCAUGUUAGUAUGUAUUGCAACAAUAACUUUGUAUGACUUGAUUGACCUACUUAACUUAGGCAAGAAAGAAUUAAAUGUCAAAAAUAUAGCUGCACCCAGGGAAAUAAUUCAUUGGUGCAGUUAAUGCUGUGGAAGCUGAGUUUAAAGCUCUUUAAUCUAAGCAGAUUUUUAAGUUUUAAGCAGUAAACAAAGAGAUGCAGAUUAUAAAUUUCUCCUACUUCUAUGUUUUGAAGUAUUAUUUAUACUUACUUAUAUUAAUGGUCUGCUUGCUACUUGUAUGGGUUCACAGUCUCUCAAAGAAGCACCUGAAAACUUGUCACAGUUAAGAUUAAACAUGUUUUAAUCACGUUUCACCUACACUGGUGACCAACAAUCUUCAUUUUCAAGUCUAACAAUAUUAGAAGAAAAAAUAAUUGGUGUUAAUACCGUUCAUUGUAGAGUUACAUAGGCAAAUCCCUGUUCUCAAGUAGCUUCUAACAAUCUAAAAUAAACAGUGGGAAUUCAAGUUCAAUAAAUUUUAUUGUUGGUAGCUGGUGGCCAUCACAAUACAGUAUGAGCAUAAAUCACACAGCUACUAAACAAAAGACAUUAAAUUGUUGGAGUUUGUUAUAGGGAGAGGAGAAUACGAGUAAAUGUCCUUAUAUGUACUUAAAGUUUGAUUACCAUAAUUAUUAAGAAAUGUCAAAUAUCUGUUAUUUUACAUAUAAAAAUAACCUAGAUAUAGAGAUUGCCAAUGAAAUGUAUUGGAAGCAUUGAAAAAGCUGCUAGUGAAAGAACUUACCUUAGCUUGCCAUCCACAUUCCCAUUCAAUCCAAGAAUAACAGUUAGCAAAUAGGCAUCCCUGAGCCAAACGCCCAAGGCUGAGCCAAACGCCCAAGGCCCAAGGCUGUGUCUCAUCGUUCCUUCCAGUAUCCUUGAGAAGAUUUGCAGCAGCUUUUUGCAUUAGCCAAAGCGUCCAAGUUAGUAUCAAGGGCAGCCCCACAGAAUGUGUUUAUAGUAAAAAAGGUAAAGGUACCCCUGCUCGUACGGGCCAGUCUUGCCAGACUCUAGGAUUGUGCGCUCAUCUCACUCUAUAGGCCAAGAGCCAGCGCUGUCCGCAGACACUUCCGGGUCACGUGGCCAGCGUGACAAGCUGCAUCUGGCGAGCCAGCGCAGCACACGGAACGCCGUUUACCUUCCCGCUGGUAAGCGGUCCCUAUUUAUCUACUUGCACCCGGGGGUGCUUUCGAACUGCGAGGUUGGCAGGCGCUGGGACCGAACGACGGGAGCGCACCCCGCUGCGGGGAUUCGAACUGCCGACCAUGCGAUCGGCAAGUCCUAGGCGCUGAGGUUUUACCCACAGCGCCACCUGCGUCCCUCCGCGUUUAUAGUAGACAAGCGUAAAGGUUGCAAAAUAGUAUAUCAGUGUAUAUGUAGAUCUCCACUCUCAGAAAAAUGGCACAGAAAAAUGCAACAAAAAUAAUUGAUAAAAAAAGAACUCCUAGUUACUACAGCCACUUGUUUAUCAAAAAGUAAGGACAGGUGACACAGUCCUUCCAGUUUCCAUAUCUGUACAGAUGGGGGAAAAUGUUACCCCAUCAGUCACUGUCAAAGCUUAGGAGAUCCAACAUGUAUUUCCUCUUAUUUGUCUAGCUAUUGUUCAUCCACUUUAGUAGAAGGAACUGUUUUUAAGUUCUAACAAGUGUAAGAGAAGUAGUUGUAAUCAACUGUUGGGGCAGCCCUUUCCUUCAGUUGAUUUUUGUGUUUUUUAACAUGUAUAAUCAGGUCAGCGGUUUGAAUCCCCUCAACGGGGUGUCCGCCCGUUGCUCGGUCCCAGCGCCUGCCAACCUAACAGUUUGAAAGCAUACCAGUGUGAGUAGAAAAAUAGGUACCGCUCCAGCGGGAAGGUAAAUGGUGUUUCCAUGCACUGCUCUGGCUUCGGUGUUCCGUUGCACCAAAAGUGGCUUAGUCAUGCUGGCCACAUGACUCAGAAAAACUGUCUGUGGAGCGGACAAACAGCAGCUCCCUCGGCCUGUAAAGUGAGAUGAGUGCCGCAACCCCAGAGUUGUUCGCAACUGGACUUAACUGUCAGGCGUCCUUUACCUUUACCUUUUUAAACAAAUAGCAAUAGCACUUGCUAUACAUGGUAUGUCACCACACCCAGGAUCUAGGAAUAUCUGUUCAAAAUCAUAAUUUUGUAUUUAUUAAUUCAUUUUUUCUUAAGACUUGCUACUUCUUUCUGUUUGCAUUUCUGAUUUUGUUUCUGGUAGAAUUGCCUUGUUUUUACAGUCCAUAUGUGGUAGUAAAAAGCAUUUAAAUUCAUGGUUUCAUCACCUUAGUAGGUAUAUGUGCAUGAACUGUGAAGCUCGGUUUCUUGAGGGGUACAAAUGAACGGACAUUCAUCCUGGGAAGAAUGAAUGCAAAUUUUAUUUAACUUCAUUUUUAUCUAUUUUAAAAGCAAACCACUGAAAACAUCUAUUAAUCAAACAGAAAACCUACAAGAAAUUAUUCAGUAUCCUUCGUCCUUUGAAACCCCGAUUAGUUUUGAAUAAUCACUGUUGUGCUGUGUUUAUAAGGAUCUCUAGAAAGGGCAGUAUGAUAAGUGUAAAGAGACAAAAUGUUCUUUAUCCUCAUUAAAGAUUGUGAACAGUGUGUUAAAUAAUAUUAAUGGCUAGGAUUGUCAGUGUUUAACAGUACUUUCCUAGUACAAGUGAUUUUAUUGAUCAAUGCAGACUCAAUGUAACGGGGCAGAUUAUGCUACUGAUUUUAUCGAAACCUUAACUAAGUUUGUUAGUGCACCACAUAUCUUUAAAUAGAUCUAGAUGAUGAUGUAGAUUAAGAAAAGCAGAACACCAUCCAUCUUUUUUUGAUCUGUUAAUAACUUAAAUCCAUCAUUGUUGCUACCAGCUGUUUUUAGAUUCUGUAGAGAGAGCGCACAUUUCUUUGGUAUUUGAUAUAGAAUGCAUCAAUAAAAGUUUUUACCAGUGUUUAUUCCCCCGUCCCAGUGCAUUUGGUAUAUUUAACUGUAUCUCUUCUAAAGAUGGGAGAAUCUCUUGUACUAAUUAUAGAAAACACCAAUAAUUAUUAUUUGUCUCACAGCACAGACAUUUUAAGAGUCUGGUGCAAGCCUUUGCUUGCAGUUUUUUUUUUUUAAAUACUCCAUAGUUUACUGUUUAUCGGAUUGCAGAUAUUUCCAUGCAUUGUCCAAUUUGUAGCCCAUAUUGCUAUAUACUUUUUAGAAACUAUUGUAACAUUUUAAUGCAAUAUUUCUAAAGCCUUCUGAUAUAUCCAGGUUCAAAGCUAGGUGCAGACUUGUCCUUCUGGAAGGGCCCAUUCUCUAGUGGAAAGGACCAAAACCUAAUAGAAGCUCCCUGCUAGAAGAAGCGGAAAAGCGGAUUUCCCACCAAUUCUCCUUCUGCAGCCCUUAUGUUACCUCCCAUUCUCUUUCAGAGGACCCCGCCCCUCUCCAAAACAUCUGGAGUAGCUUUCUGGGGAAUGUGUGUUUCCUGAGCUUGUGGGAACAAAAUAGAAUAGAUACCUGCACUAAGGAGGCAGUUAAAUGCCCCUUGGGAUCUGCAGUACUGCAUGGCUAUUUAGAAAAAAAGUUAAUAAAUAAGACUUAGAAAAAACAGGAGACAUUCUCUUUGUUGUUGUUGUUUUGAGAGUUGGGUUACAGCUACAUUUGGAUUUUCCAGUUGAUUUCUAUGGACAGCUCUCACGUCAGUCCCUGGAGACAUUUAAAAAUAGAUCCUAUGUAUGAAACAGGAAAUGUCCUAUCUGACAAUGAGAGGGCUUCUCUGUACUUUUUAUGUGUGUCUCUUCUUGUAUCGCUUUUUACUCAAUGUCUCUCUUUCUGCGGCAUCCACUGGGUGAAGGAAGGGAAAGGAAGGAUUGAAAAAGGACAAUGUAGGAAGAGAUGCACAGAGAUAACAGCUCAGCUUCCACAUGCCUGCUUGUCUUCUCUCUCAGCUGGCUUCUCCUUUCUGCCUGCCAGCUGUCUCCCCUUCAGUUUCCCAUACAUCACCAAGCCUAGCGAAGUCCGGGUAAAGAAGUUCAUGGUAGUGAGAAGUGAGGAAAUGAAGAAAGAAUUCCAAACAGUGGGGAAGUGAGGGAGAAAAGUAUUGGUUUUGCCAGUUGGCUUCUUAACUUCUUGCAAUCAGCCUCUCCAGCCAAGUAGUCAUCCCCUGCGUAGGAUACUCUGUUUUAGAUCCCAUCCCCCAGUUUGCUUUUUUGACUGCUCCCCAAAGGUCUGUGACUACUGAGCAUGCUCAGCCCUCAUUGGGUUGUUUUAGGUUCACUUCCUACCACCCCUUAGGAUUUACCUGAACAUGCACUUACGUUCUAGUAUGCUCAAACUGAGUUCAGCAUUUGAAGGUGUGAUAUUACCAAAGUGUCAAGGUUAUCUUUGUCCAGGAAGGGGGCCCUAGCUAUAGCCCUUGCUGAAACUGGUGCUACGCCAAAGCACUGGAUAUAAACAACAUCUCCAAGCUAUGAACUUGCUCUUUAAGAGGGAGAUGGUUUCGAGUGAGAUUGUUCAGUUUGUCACUUCCAUUGCUACAUCUGGUUCUUACAUAAAGGGAACAGUUCUGGUACCAUUGUGAUAGCAUCACUCCUUCAAAUCCAUGACAUGCCAGCAGUUUCAUGUAGAUGUUAAGUAGCACUGGAAACAAAACAGAAGCUCUGCAAUACUGUAGAACAAGUUUCACAGUGUGAAACAACACUUUCCCAUCACCAUCUCCAACCUACCAGCCCAGUGGAAAUGAAACCACUGCAGAAUGAUGCCCCCAUCCCCAAAUUCACCUUCACCGAUGAAAUCAAAAGCUGCUCAGAUUGUUAGGAUCGUCCUACUCAUGUGUAGGACCCCGGUAGAGACACAUGCCCAACUGGGAUGUUCUUUCCCUCCUGGUCAGUCGUUCGGAAACUUCAAAAGCUUUCUCCAGCCCGAACAUCACAGCGACUGAUGCCAAGAGGCAUUAGCACACUUACGAACAGCAGAGUAUUAGCCGUUCGCGUAACAGACUCAGUAGCUCAGCAUUUUGGCUAAUCUACUUUAUUUACAUAUAAUACACUCGGCGCAUUCUGACUUAGCUCCUUCCUCUUUCUCAUCAGACAGCAAAGAGAAAGAAACAAAGGACAAUUAAUCCAACAUCACGGUACACAGUAACACAAAACAUCCUGUCUCCAUCACUUCCAACACUGUGGAAUGAAAACAUACACCGUCAUGUGAUAGAAAACAAUCCCAGGACUGCAAACACAGAGCAAGAAUCCUAACAUAGAUAUCCAGGAAAAGCAUCAGUUAAAUUCCUUCGGUGUUUUUCCUAGCAGAAGUUAUCUACUCAGGCUUCCCAAGCGGUUUCUGUACCAAACCAGUUUGGAAACAGAUCCAGAUAAUCAAUUUUAUUUGGUUAGCACUUAGGGCUGGAGAAUCAUGAGCUUUACACUUUAGUAGUGUAAAACAGCUACUUGAUGGGAAAUAAGCCCUAAGAUUUCAAAAGCAGAAGCAGUGUCAUUCUAAUUUAAAAUAAAAUGAUUCCCUUGAUAGGUCUUAUGUGACAUGGGUUUUCUCAUCCUUGACUGAUCAGUAUCUGCUGAAAGUUUCUGUGAAUCUCAUUUGCUCUAUAAGAAUGAUCUAGAUAGACCAUAGAUUUGUUAAUUCACUAUAUGAAUCCGCAGUCCCAAGCUGUGACUAACCCACAAACCCUUUCACACUUGUUAAAACUAUGUUCCGGGUGUUGAUGCACCCAGGUCCUAUUCUUGACAGGAGUACAGCAACAGGAAAAAGAGCACUACCAUUUUUUUUCUCUUUUACAUGCCCAAUCCCCAAUGCCUCUUUUGCCUUGCACCUGGUUCUUGAUCCUACAGGUGAAACUCUUAAAGUUUGCAUAAACUAAAACAAGCAUGAAGUAGACCCGGUGCUUUAAUUUCAUUAAACACCUUGUAACUGUUGAAGAUUAAUGUAUAUAUCUCUUGCUAAUUCUUUCCAAUUACUUAGUUCAUAUAAAUUCCCAGGCCUUGUUAAUUAUGCUGAAGUCAAGAGGUAAUUUUUAACAGUAUUUCCACAACAGGGGAAUUUUCCCAGCAUAACCUUGCCCUCUAGUAGAAACUCUCAACAGAUUAGGCUCUCUGACUAGAGUCCAUUCAUUUUCAGCUCAAGCCUAAUUGCUGCCGACUGGCUGCCCACAGGUACCUGGCUAUUGUACACAUAAAGAAUGCAGGUCCUUCCGAGAACAAAUAAGGAAAGAUUAAUUGUUCCUUUUGUUUCAUCCCAAGAGAAAUGUGGGCCCUUAAUCAAGAAAAAUAAUUUCUCCUGUUGAUUUGGCUUAUUUGGAGGGACACAUAAUUGUGGAAAAGAACGGGGUAGACAUGCAUUUUGCAAGGAAUGUAGCCCUUGCGUUGCACAGGAGGCAAAGAUAAAAUGAAAUAAAUGUAAGACAAUGCUGGAAUUGAUGGGGAUGGCUCACAUUUCUCAUAGUAAGUAAUUUGGCUGUUGGGCUUUUAUUUGAACCAAUAUUGCUAGGUAGUAUUGUCAUUUGUUUUGUCUGCUGCUUUGGAAAUCUAAUCAAGGAGACAAUAGUAGUGGGGGCGGGGAACACUUCUCCAAAUUGUCCUUAAUUGCUAGAACACAAAGUGAGCUAAACACUCUGGUGUUUCCAAUUAAAGAAUCUGUUUCAAGCAAGCACCAUUAAAUCUAUCUUUCCCUGUCUGAUAAAUAAGCUAUCAAAGACUGGAACAGAUUAAUUGAGAGCAAUUAAUUCAAGGCUUAGUAGAAAAGUCAGACAAAGCCAAUGCUGUCAAUGGCUACAAAUUUGACAUAAAAUAAAUUAUUUCUUGGAUUAGAAGCAUUUUAGCCCUUGCCAUCUCAUUACCCUAGUCAGCAAAACACUCGAGAGACCUGGGUUCAAUUUUCUGCUUCUCCAGUGUGUGCUUUGCAUGAGCUUUGGGCAAACCUCUUUGUUGACCAUCCUCAGUAAUGGUCUUCAGUGGCAGUAUUACAGCAGAGGUAGUUUGAGGAUUUCAACGUUUAUCUGCUUGAUAUGAUAAUAUAGGACGGCCUUCCCCCACCUGGUGCUCUCCAGGUGUUUGGAACUACAGUUCUUAUCAUCCCUGACCAUUGGCCAUUGGCUGGCUGCGCUUGAUGGGAAUUGUAGUUCAAAACCUCUGAAGGGCAUCAGGUUAGGGGAGGUUGUCCUCCUUACCAGACACAUCAGAGGAGUUAUUUAGAUAUGCUGACAGAAAAUGGAAAAUAAUGUCUCGGACAAGAAAUCACUAAAGGUUUUCUCACCCCCCCUUUCUUUUUCAAUAUGCAUAGGGAGCCACGCUGAUUUUAGUAUAUUAUAUGUCAGAGGUGGGGAACUCAUUGCACUCCAGAUGUCUUUGUACUACAAACAGAGAUACCAACUUGUAUAAAAAAAAAAUUGGGAGGAGGUAAGUUCCACCCUAAGGGACGCGGGUGGCGCUGUGGGUUAAACCACAGAGCCUAGGACUUGCCAAUCAGAAGGUCGGCGGUUCGAAUCCCCGUGACAGGGUGAGCUCCCGUUGCUCGGUCCCUGCUCCUGCCAACCUAGCAGUUCAAAAGCACGUCAAAGUGCAAGUAGAUAAAUAGGUACCGCUCUGGCGGGAAGGUAAACAGUGUUUCCGUGCACUGCUCUGGUUCGCCAGAAGUGGCUUAGUCAUGCUGGCCACAUGACCCAGAAGCUGUACGCCGGCUCCCUCAACCAGUAAAGCGAGAUGAGCGCCACAACCCCAGAGUCGAUCACGACUGGACCUAAUGGUCAGGGGUCCCCCUUUACCUAAGCUCCACCCUACAUAAUCGAUCACAAGAUGCAGCGUGCGCACACCAUUUAAAUGGCAAUGCUCAUCAACUUUGGGUGCGGCCACCUCAAAUAUUUUAUUGGGGGACCAAAGGGACCCCUCAGCCGCUAGGAUUUGACUCCUAUGACUACAAAUCCUAUCAUUCUUAUUCUGGCAAGGGCUGAUGGGGAGUUGUUGUCCAACAAUAUCUGGAGGAAGACUCUGAAGAAGUGUGCAUGCACACAAAAGCUCAUACCAAUAACAAACUUAGUUGGUCUAAGGUGCUACUGGAAGGAAUUUUUUUAUUUUUUUUAUUUUGUUUCAACAUCUGGAAGGCUACAGGUUCUCCACUUCUGUUAUAUGUGGGCAUUCAAUGUAGCUCUAAUAUUUAUUUUGGGUACCAUAUAUAUUAUGGUGUGUUUUUAUAUGUGUGUUUAAUUGGAUGAAAUUAUAGACCAUAGGUCCAUGAAUAAGUAUUGGCCAUAAUAGCUAAAUAAAGCAUCCAUGCUCAUGAUAUUUACAUAGCGUAAGCCGAGGCAAGUAACUGAGGGAGGUUGUCUCUUUUACAUUCUGCUUGCGAGUGCCCAACCUGCAACAUCUGACUGACUAUUGCUGAAAUCAUAUUGCUAGACUAAAAGAGCCCUUUGUGCAACUGAUGAAGGUGAACUAACUUGGAUAUAGCAAGGCAGAAAAAAAUACUAGAUUGUUUCAUCUCCUGUCCUGACUUUGAGAUCAAAUUCCAUGCACAUGAUGCAACAGAUAAGUGCCAACCAAAAGCAUCUAACUAAUCUGAGAAUGAAGUCCAGAGCCAUAAAUCACGAAUCAGUGAUCUCACAUUACUUUUCUAGUGUGAGUUGAGUAGCAGUGGCUUCACAGCUUUCUAAAUAAGUGAAAAGCUUAUUAAAAUCUCAAUAUUGACACAUUAUGCUUCUACAGACGGCUUUUUAUCGUGCCUGGGGUUAAACUGUUGGAAUCUAGUGGUUACUCCUCAUCCUAUUUCAGCUCAAAGGCACAAUGUGAAAACACCAACUGACUUUCCAACAAAGCUCUGUUCUGAAGCAAUGAACUUGGACUCAGCCUGUGGGAAGCUGGACCACGUCUGAGGUAAUCAACGCCAGUUAGAAUGAUGGAGUGUUACACAUAGCCAUGUACUAUGGACAAACUGUCCAAUGAUAUAGCAUGGCAUUUGUAGCAAAUAAAUUAACAGAAUACUUAACUUAUAUAUUCCCAAAGUAACAAGUGAACUCUGAGCUGCAAUUUGGAAAAAAAAGUGUUUACAAUAUUUUCUGGUAACAAAUGGCAACAUAGUACAGUGAAGUACUACAAAGAAAAAGUAUAUUAUUGCCUAUUUUACAUGCACAUUUCUUUGUGUUUUUAGAAGCAUACAUCACACAAAUUAGCUAGUGAAGCAUUCUGUUCAAGAAGUUCAACUCAUAGACAUAAAAAUGCUUAAAAUUAGACAACUCCAAAAACUAGUAUCUGGGUUUUUUAAAAAACAGAUACCCCCUCCCGUUUGCCUUUAUAAAACAGUAAGGCUAAGCUUACUUAAGUCUUUGCUUUGAACUGUAUCUAUUUAUCUGCUUUUCAACAAAAUUUGUUGUGUUUCUGCUUACAACAGUAAUAGUUGUAAUAGUUAUUAUAGUGGCAAUAGUUAUUAUCAACUGAUUUUCAAGUAUUCCCUUCUUGGGAUAUGGAUAGGUCCUGUUCAAUUUAUGCCAUGAUACAGUAGCUCAGCUCAAAUCAUUGCAAGCCAUGGUGAAGGAAGCUUAAAUAUGAUUUAUCAUUCUGUCUGAAUUAACAAACCAUGGUUUUCAAUUAGCUAGUUAAUCAGAAACCAUGGUUUGAACUGGCAAUCCAUGGUUUAUGCUAACUAUGGUUUGGCAUAAGAUGAGAUGGGGCCAUCCUCUGUGCCUCCAGAUUCUGCUACACCAGAAGAUAAUGGAAAAAGGAAUCAAACAAGCAGUUCUAAACCAUUGUUUGCUGUUCCAUGUUUGAAAACUCAAAACUCUGGUUUGGCAGAGGGAUAGAGAAAGUGAUGCCCUUCAGGUGCUGUUGGACUGAGCUCAUUAUCCCUGAAUACUGCUCAUGCUAGCAACCAGAUGAAUGCUACAUUGAAGAACAAUAAAUCAUAAUUACUGAACAAAACUAGUAUUGGCCUUCUAAUUUCAACUCCAGUGAAAUAGGAAGAGAAAGCGUCCCGAUCAUAUGUAUGCUUAGCAUAUACCAACCUUGGAGCAAAAGCAAAAGACUGUACAAUCUGUCUAGUUUUCAAAUUUUAAACUGCUUUUUACCUGUAGGCAGAAAAUAUUCAGUAUGCGAAGCUAGUUUUAAUGUGAGAGGUUGACUCAAUUAAUCGUUAAUUCCUCAAUCAAUUUUAUGAAGCAUAUAAAUACACAGUUUCCUUUCAUUUAUUUUGUUGAGCGCCCCCAGCAGCUAUAUAAUGAAGACUGGAAUGAUGUCAGAAUAAAGCUGCAAGUCUCUGUAAUACGCAGUUGUCAGGCUUCUACCAUUUGUCAUCAGUGCAGAAAGGGUUAGUAAGUGUUGAAUGUCUGCCUUGUGUUGGCCUUUUAAAUUGCCAAUUUCAUUUUCCCUGCCUUUAUUAAGAAAUCCCACACACGUGAAUUAGGGAGGGACAAGUGUCAGGGAACAGGCACUACAAUGAAGUACCUUUGAUUGAGCAAGGAUUACAUUCCUCAGUUCCUUCUAUAAAAACGUGUCAUGUUUGCCACCCAAAUAAAUGCCUAGAGCGCAUAAAACAUGGAGCCAAGUGACCCCUAGGAGAAAAAUCAAUUGCAAUUCAUAUUUCAUAUGCCUAUAAUUGCUAGUGAAGGCAGAGCAGCAAUUCUUUAUGGCGAAGGCUUCUCCAUUGUUAGAUGUUUCCUGUUUGAUGACCGGGGUGGGGGUGGCGGUGGGGGAGUUUUCUGUGUCUGGUGUUUGAAGUGUUCAUUCCUUUCACAUGGACUGAAUUACUCCAAUCUGUAACAACAGAAGUCAAGCUUUCUUAUUAUUGCUCACUGUUCGGUGUUUGAGCUGGAACACUGAACUGUAGACAAAAAUACUUCAUGAACAGCUAUUCUGUUGGAGAUUCCUGGAGCUUUCACAAGCAAGCCAACAAAAAAAAGAGAGACGCAGGUUCUAUAAUCGGUGAAGUUAUCAAUUUGCUAGCAUUUAAACCCUCAAACUGAGUCUUGUUUCUGAGUUUCUUUUCCUCGAGCAGGCAAAGAAUCCUGUUUCUUUAAAAGCAGAAUUUUGAAAGUGUCCUCCUUAUUUCUUUUUUCCUCCCUCCUUCCUUAUUUCAGUCUGAUUUUCUUUUUACAAGGCUGCUGUAGGAUUCUUAUCCCACUGUGGACUGAGAUGUCAUAUGGAUAGAGAAAAUGCCGCUCACUUUAUGGAUUACUGUUAGGUCAACAAAACUUUGGCAGCAUUGAUUAACUUGACAGUGAGUACAGCAGUACAUUUAUCACUUAUGGCUGUGCUGUAGAAAAUCUAAUAAGAGGCAAACAAUUCCCUUUAGAGUAGUAACAGGUUCACUGUGGCUAACGGUGCAUGCACUGGAAAUUUCUGCCUUUAAAUUAUACUCUUGCUGCUAGUUGGAUCAUUGACUCAAAGCUACUACUGCACUUCUCCAUGACCAUGUUCUAUAUUAUUCAUUUGAUCAAAAUCGUAUGGUUAAACGGAAGCUUGCGCUUGAGUCUAUUUAAAAUGAGGUGGCCUGUAGUUAAAAAGCAUUAGAUUAAGGUUCAUGUUUUAUGCGAUCAAAUGAAAGCGGGCUGCUGCCAUUUGUAAGGCAUGAGUAGUUCCCAAAUGACUACAUUCAUGUGGAAGUAUUGCAACUGAUUAUUAACCAACAUUUCCUAUAAAUACAGCAAAGAUUUCAAGAAGUCUGUUUUCUAGUAAGCAGAUUUCAUUGGAAGACAAAGUGCACAAGCAGCACAUUUAUGGGUAUAAAUAUUAUAUAUUAUUUUGGAUUGAAUUGGAUUUUCAAGACCAAGUGCGCAAAAGCCUCGUUGAAGGCUUGUUUGAGGAGUUUAAAAAGUAGGGCAGUGUGCGCUGAGCCAUAAAGAAAAAACAGUAUGGUCAACUCUGUUCACCUUGAUUUUAUACAAGUUAAUUUACCCUCUUAAGUGUGGUUUGUAUUACUAUCAUAGAAUUCAAUCCCCCCCAAAAAAGAACCUACACAACUCCCAUUAACUCCAACAGGUUUUGUCUCUGAACAUCCCUUGGACCUUUCAUUGUUCUGCCUCAUGUUACACAUUCUCCUUUGUGAAGUUUGCUGUGACUAGACUUGGACAAUCUCUUUACACACGAUGAACACAAAUGCAAAUGCUGAUCAGUGCUAGCACUGCAAAAGCCCUAGUCCGACAAGCAAUUUAUGCUUAUUCAUGUUAAUUAGCCAUUUUAGAUUGAUACAUAAUUACUGGUAAAAGCACGAGGAGAUUUUUAUUUAUUGUACUACAUACUUGAAUUGGUAACAUUUCCCAGUAGGCAUAUGUGCUGCAAGUCCAAAUAAAUAUUGGAAAUCUAGGAGCAUGCAUUAUAAAUUUAUCAUAUAUCUUCUAGUAGAUGGUUUUUUGUUUCGUAAUAUAAUCAUGAAUAUAGUUUGUUUCGUGAUGUAAACUCACUUUACUGUAAUUGAAUGCCAUUGAAAUCAAUGGGAACUUCUCCCCAAGCAAGCUUAUUUAGGUUUCAGGUGCUCAUGCUUAACUGAGUUUAGUUUAGCAUAAGAACAUAAUGCUAGCUGGGUUGGGGUAUGACAGGGGAAAAGGUUGCUUUGAAAACAAGUUCUAGCAACCCUAGCUUUACUUGAAGAAGCAGUUUUAUUCCAAGACCUCUAUCAAGCAGUGUAGUUUUCAUUGUUGGACAAGAAUAAUUUUACUUGAAUCAAUUGCCAGGAGGCCUAACGCAAUAAGGCAGCUUGUGGUCUGACUCGAAGAGCACAUUGUAAAGGAAAAUCCCAUCACAGCUUGAUUUUUAGUAGAAAAACUGUAUCUACCUGAAACUUUAUUGUAUUUAGGGAACUGUGCGGUUAGAACAGUGGGUCCUCAUUAUUAACCCCUCUGUUUAGCAUAAAUAAAAGCUUUGGUUUUCUAAACAAGCUUGUUUUUAGAAACAGCAAGAGGCACUUCCUUAAAUUUGUGGGUUUGUAUAAAAGCCAAGGGCUCCCUCCACUCGCCUUCUUAAGAGUGGAGACCUGAAUAUUGAUUAGCUAUCACACUGGCAUCAGAACUACUCUUAGGAUUCAAUUUUUUUGUUGUUUUGCAUAUUUUAUUGAUCAAAAGUGGUAAAUGAGCAUCAAGCGUGCAAGAAGACGAUGAAUUGUUUACUUGCAUAAAAUAACCUUUCAAUAAGGGAAGAUGCAUUGCUCACACUUUUGGUGCUGUUCUGCUGCCCGAAGCAGAUGGCAUUCAGCUGCUAUUGAUUUGCUCCUAUAGUUACAGAGCAGCACGUAACUAGGCAUGCUCAUUGCUGGUGGGUUUUGGUGUGGUGUUGAUUCCCACCCGCCACCCCCCUUCUUUGCAUGUGUGCAAAAGGGAAGAAAACUGCACUCAUUUUACAAAAGGAAAUAAUACAUUGUAGCCUAAUAUACUGAUGGGAGCAGGGGGAAAUGGAGUAAAUAUACAAAAGAAGGGGAUGUCAAAUCCCAUGCCUAAGCUUCUUGUUUUACUUAGCUUCAUGAUAGGGCUGGCUCUGGUGGCGAUUCCCCAAAACCAUUUCCAGGGCUAGUAAUUACACCCUACAUGAAUGAGGGGGGGAGGUGUUUCUUGAGAAUAGUGUUCAGAAUUCCAGACUGUCCAAUCUGACUUACUUUGUUGGGACUUACCUUCUCCAAACUCAGCCAGAAAGGGCUAGUGCAGUUCAACAUACAGUGGUACCUUGGGUUAAGAACUUAAUUUGUUCUGGAGGUCCGUUCUUAACCUGAAACUGUUCUUAACCUGAGGUACCACUUUAGCUAAUGGGGCCUCCUGCUGCCGCCACGCCACCACACGAUUUCUGUUCUCACCCUGAAGCAAAGUUCUUAACCCGAGGUACUGUUUCUGGGUUAGCAGAGUCUGUAACCUGAAGCGUCUAUCACCUGAAGCGUCUGUAACCCGAGGUACCAAUGUACAUGCUAAAACUGCUACUGCCUGACAGAGAUCCCCUUCCUGCAUCUUAAAAUUAUUAUUAUUAUUAAUAAUAAUAAUAAUAGUAAUAGUAAUUAAGUUAUACCUCGCCCAUCUGACUAGAUUUCCCCAGCCACUCUGGGCGGCUCCCAACUGAAUUUUAAAAACACAAUAUUGUACAGCAUUAAACAUUAAAAACUUCCCUAAACAGGGCUGCCUUCAGAUGUCUUCUAAAAGUAAGAUAGUUGUUUAUUUCCUUGACAUCUGAUGGGAAGGCAUUCCACAGGGUAGGCGCCACCACCGAGAAGGCCCUCUGUCUGGUUCCCUGCAACCUCACUUCUCACAGUGAGGGAACCACAAGAAGGCCCUCAGCACUGGACCUCAGUGUCCGGGCUGAAUGAUGGGGGUGGAGACCCUCCUUCAGGUAAACAGGACCAAGGCCGUUUAGAGCCAAUCCCAAAUCAGAAUCAGACUAUUUCAUAUGGUCGGCACCAUUAAAAGAAUUCUACUGUGCUCAACUGGAAUUCUGCACAUCAGUUCUGAAACUGUGAACUAUCUUAUCAUUGAAGACAAAGUAAAGGACUAUAGUGGUUUUAUCAGUAAUGAAAUGACAUUCCAUGCAUUUAAGACAGAGGGAACAACAUUGAGGGUAGGUUGGAAUAUCCUAAAUUUUGAUGAAUCAGCUUCUCCAACAGCAAAUCACAUAUCUCCUGUAAGUCAACCCUGCGAUCGCUAGAGGUUAUUGCAGAAACAAUGAAAAGAUCUCUCCAAAUAGCUGUGGAGUGCUGGCAAAACUACAUCAAUGUGACAUUAAUUUGACCCUUGCAAAAUGUACAAUAUAAGCAGAUGGAAGUUCUAUGUUAGACGAACAUCAGAAUGCUUGGUGUAUUUCACUUCUUGACGUAAUACAAGACAUUGGGAAAGUUUGUUGAGGACUCUGGAGGCAGAAGUGGGGGUGCUUGCAAAGGAUGGCUGAAGAGCUUCAUAGCACGUAACCACUACAGGAGAUGUUAAAGGGUACACAUUCUCCUAGCUGAAGCUGUGAUAAUUUUACACUUCAAAAAAUUCUGAGCCAGUUGUGACAUCCCUUCUAAAAUAGUCGAGGAGCUUCAUUUUCUCUGUGACAUGCCCUUGACCUUCAGCAUUGAAGAUUUGACUUAUGAAAUUAGAAGUUAGUGCAUAUGUGGAAUUUUCAGGGGAAAUUGAAUCAGGUGAGAGCAUGAGAAAAUGGCACAAUACAGGUAUUCCUGCCAAACGCACAAUGGCAACCACAAGUUGUUUGCUUUGGUUGUAUGUCCAGGUUUCUUCAGUCAGCAGAAUUAUGCAUAUCCAACUGCAAGACAACAUGCCGAAAAAGGAGGGGACUCAUCCUGAAAUUUAAAAUGACUUCAGACAAGAGGUUCUGUACAUAGGUGGACCAUGAAAGCUAUCUGACAACUAUCUGACUUUUAGAAGACAUCUGAAGGCAGCCCUGUUUGGGGAAGUUUUUAAUGUUUGAUGUUUUAUUGUAUUUUUAAUAUUUUGUUGGAAGCCUCCCAGAGUGGCUGUGGAAACCCAGCCAGAUGGGCAAGGUUUAAAUAAGUUGUUGUUGUUUUAUAAGAUCUGCCUUUUGACACUUAACAUAAAUAAAUAUUUAUGGGAUUUCUAACCCACCCUUGUGCAACUGGUCCCAAGGUGGGAAUACAGGAAAAAGUCUAUAAAACAAUAUGUAUCAAUUGAAAUUUCAUAAAAGAUCCUAUGUGGCUUGCUACAGUUCUUGCUCCCUUGGCAUAAGUGAAAAGGAGUAUCUUCACAAACCAAAGAAAAGUAAUUUGAAAGCAGAACACUUGAAAGCAGACUUAUAGUCAGGAACCAUCUAAUAUAGACUGCACACUGGUUGAUUAAAUUUUCCUUCUCCAUACUCUAGAUGAGUUUCUCUAGCGUGUGUGUAUAAUUCCUUAUGUAUUUUGUUACGUGAAUCAGUGUCAUGGAGCUGACAGGCAGAUUAGGUUAUUCACAGGUCCGGGAAAGAGAGAGACGCAAGGCUAACUUGCAGUUGGUUUCUUUAUUAAGGAAAGAAAAAAAUACAAGGAGGCGCAUAAAGGCAAACUCAUCUAAUGAAGCAGUUGUUUGAACUGGCGUGCAGCCCCUCAUGCGCUCUCUAGCCUUCUGAGUCAGGGCUCCUCCCUCUGUCAUCAUCGUCUGCUAUGGUGAGCCCCAGAGGCCUCCCUCCGUGCCCGCCUGGCUUGGUGAUCAGCAUCAUGUAACAUUUGCCAUGUUCUAGAAGUAAAUGGGACCAGAGAGCCGUCUGCAGAGAAGCUGUCAGAGUGAAUCUGUGGGAGAGCUGUGGGGUCUGGCUCCCCUCUGUCAUCUCUGUCAGCGCCUGCAUCCAAACUGGUAACCUCAUCACCCUGCCCUGUGAUCCCUCAAGCUCCCUGCUUCUAGUACCUCUCAGCUUGUCCCCUCCUAUGAGGUGUGGCUGGUGUCCCACUACCAGGCUUCAGGAUCUAAGUCAUCUUCUUCUCUGCCUUCCCAGGGAGGCUCUUGGGUGGGUUACUUCCACCACUCUUUCUCAUCCAGCCAGUCCCUAACAAUCAUUUGAUAUGGUUUUAUUGCACUUGUGUGUGUAAACAGCUUCAGGAUCUUUGGAUAGUAAAGUGGUCUAUAAAUGGAAAUAAUGAAUAAGGUCUCGUUGCAGUUUCUUUGCACAACCAUUGGAUGCAACCCAUUGUGUUAGGAGCUGGACUCAUGCUAACUUCUGUAAGAUGUGAAAUAUGAUUUGUGUAUUGGCUGGUCAUAGCAGAAAUGCAGCACAUGACCUUUCUCUUACAAGCUUUCUCCUAUCCAAGCCACUGAACAGGUUCAAGAGAAGAAGACACAGAGAAACAUGCACAUCCUAAUUCAACUUUUCAGCUUCACUCCGCAUGGUUUUCCAUGUGCCGUUCAGUUUGACCAUUGGCAUUUAAAUGUAGUAGUUUGAUAUCAGUUAUAUUCAUUUUUUGGCUGGGGAGCAUUUCAUUAACCUAUGGGCAUUCUGGCUCACUUCCUAAAUUGUGACCUAUGCAGGUAUGAAUGUGACUACUGUUGACUCCUAACAGCAUCCUUUAAUGCUGUUUUUUGAACACAUACUUUGCAUUACUGUGACAAUGUUGUAGAGGGGAAAUAAGAUACAAAUUAGGAAGACAGGUUUUCUAUUCCUUUUUUUAAAAAAGACAACCAAAACAUUGGAACCUACUUGGGAACCUUCUUAGUUUCCCCCCAUCCCCCACCAGUAUAUAAUGUUCUUUUGCCAACUUUUUAUCAUUGUUAGUGCUCUUUAAGCGACUGUUGGAGACAAGGCAAACAGAGGAAUAUAUACUACAAAGUGUUCUAUAAAGACCGUGGGUUUAAGUCCCAGUGGAGGCAGACGCUCCAGUCUACUUACUGUAGCUAGGAUUUAUUGAUUUUUAUUUUUUUUCCUUCCCCCAUUUUUAGCUGCACCACUGAAUUGGAUAUUGCAAAGCAUCUCUCCCUGUGAAGAGAGGAAAAACUGUCAUGAACUUUUUCACCCUAACAAUAGGGCAUUUCAGACUGAAAUCUCGCACAAAGGAUUUAAACCUACAGGAACACAGCCUACCACAUACCAUGCUGAGUCUUCUGGCCAGAAGAUAGUUGUGGUCUUGAAGAACUAGGUUGGAUGAUUGGUGGCUUGCGGGGUGGGGAGUGUCCUGAAUUUUUAGAGCUGUUUUGUGUAUUAAAAGGGGGGGAAAUCAAUCUUUGAAAACAAUGCAGUCCUCCAGUGCGCUCUCGGAAGGUUAGCGAAAUGGUCUUGUCCAAGUUUCUAGCAAGCUGUUCAGUUACUGUUAUAAUUGGCUGAUGAGUAGGUCUGGACCUAACUAGAAUGCCAGGGUUCGAUUUCAAAGUGUCCUCUGUGAAGAUGUGUCACCAUUUAUGCUGGCUUUAGUGACAAUUUUUUAAAAAGGAAACUCAUGGGAAAUCAUUAUGCUGUUUAUAUGUCUCCCAUCCUGGAAAGCAUUAUCCUGUGAUAUUUUAGCACUGUUUUCUACUGCGUGAUGGCAUCUACCUAAGGUUAAGGCAGAACAAGUCCCUGUGCAAUUUUGUGACUAUAUUUUACUUACCAGAGGAGAAAAGAUAACUGACAAUUAAGAACUGGGGAUGUCACUGAGAGAACAUGAGCAACUAGCCAAUAACAUCCUCUGGGAUAAUGCUUUUUUUAUGAGGCUGAGAAGGUAGAAGAACAGGGGUUUUAGGGGUUUUGUUACAUAAUAUACCAAAAAAAACCCCACUUUUGGUAAACAUUUCUAGAAGAGAACUUCUUAAAUAGCCUUCAAAAUGGUUAGUGAAGGUGGCAAUGAUUAAUACACUCUUGAUUAAAUUUUCAGCUCAACUACAAUUUGAUCUCCUAGGAUCACUUUAUACCUGUACCCCCAGGUAAUGUAAGAAAUGUUUCUAUGUCACGAAACUUUAUCUGGAUUAUUUUACCCCUUUACUCCGGCUACAGAAAGUGGAAUUUAGAUGUUAUUUUGGAGAUAUAAUUUCAGACACUGCAUACGGCAGGAAAAGCAGUUCAGAACAUCAGGUGGGCAGGGCUCGUUGCAGUAGUUUCCACACUAGUGUGCCAAAAAUAAGCCAUCAUGUUGGAUAAAUCUGCCACACUAAGCUUAUCAGAGUGGGGAAGCCCAUGCAGCCUGGACUUCCCUCCCCUCUCUUCAACUAAACAGACGCAUCAUUCUUUGGAAUGGAAUAAGAUUGCACCAGAUUUCCUUGCCAAACCCUGGCAGAAAGCACAGUCCAUAUUUGGGUCCAUACUGGGCAGAGGGCAGGGUGAAAAUGCAAGAAGUCUCUUUCUAAAGCAUCCUAAAUUAUUAUUUGUCCCUGGUUUAAGAUUCUGGUUAACCAAAUGACAUUAUGUCAGAUUUCUCCAUUUGGAAUUUAUGGGAAAAUCUCAUUCAAACAAAUGAGAUUGCAGGAUGGGGAGGAGGGCAAGGAAUACGUGGGCUCAGCACCCAUUCCUGGCUUGCUAAAGCAUAGCUGUGCAAGCCAGGACUGUUAUGUAUGGGUCAGCUCAAUGUAUUCCACAGUCGCAAGGAGGUUUUAAGCAAAACAACUGUGUCCCAAGUAUCAACAGCUUGGGAAAAACUAGGUCUCCCAUGUUACAGGUGGCAUACAGAUUGUGAGUGAAAUAUCCGUAGAAUGAGUUAACCAAUUUCUCUUGCUCAUAAUCCCUCUAGGUCAUGCCAUGCCAAUUGCAUUAAACUGCCAUGAAUAGACAUAAUUUAAUUCCAUACCAAACUGCGAGUUGUACACAUAUAACUUAGACCUUUAAUGAAAAAUCUUGGGUGCAAAUGUGCAAAAGUAUGUUCUUUGAAACUUGGAGCAGCAAUUAACGUUUUUAGACAGUUGACAUGUUCCUGCUUGAGCCACCAUCUGAUAUGGGGUGGGGGGGAUUUGACUGCUUGCUGUCAUGUGACUAAAACUGGCUGUGAGCUGAUGGUAUAUGGAUGGAACACCCUGAAACAUUCCCAGCCUUCUCAGACUCUCUCAGGAAAUGACAGAGACAUUUACAUUUGAUUUAUCUUCAUAGAGAGCUAAUGGCUGUGUUCAGACAUAACACAAAGCUAUGGAUUAACCUUACAUAAGCAAGCACUGUGUUUGUGAGCUCACUCUCCUCCUUUUUCAGCAGAGCUGUAAGAAAAUCAACAAUGUUUGUUUCCCUUUCCACUGGACUGGCCCUAUCAUGAGCCCUGUGGUUCAGGUGGCAGGUAGGGAGGGGUGAUAGAUUGUGCUCCAUCUUUCCAUUUGCCACCUGCAGUGUUGGCCACUGCCCCUGUUCACUGCUUCCAUUCCUUCCUGCUUGACCACUGCCGCUACUUCUUCCUUCAGGGCUGCCUUCAGAUGUCUUCUAAAAGUCAGAUAGUUGUUUAUUUCCUGGACAUCUGAUGGGAGGGCAUUCCACAGGGCAGGUGCCACUACCGAGAAGGCCCUCUGCCUGGUUCCCUGUAACUUCACUUCUCGCAGCGAGGGAACCGCCAGAAGGCCCUCAGAGCUGGACCUCAGUGUCCGGGCUGAAUGAUGGGGGUGGAGAUGCUCUUUCAGGUAUAAACUAUUCCCUUACAACUAGUGGUGGGAGAGGGAGGAGGAAGAGGGUAGGAAGAGAGGCUGAGCUCAUCUCAAGUUUUGCAACAUCUUGCGCCAGCCAUGGUUUUCAACUACAAUGGUACCUCGGGUUACAUACGCUUCAGGUUACAGACUCUGCUAACCCAGAAAUAGUACCUCGGGUCAAGAACUUUGCUUCAGGAUGAGAACAGAAAUCAUGCUCCAGAGGCGCGGCGGCAGCGGGAGGCCCCAUUAGCUAAAGUGGUGCUUCAGGUUAAGAACAGUUUCAGGUUAAGAAUGGACCUCCGGAACAAAUUAAGUACUUAACCCGUGGUACCACUGUAAUCUCUGAUUUCAGCUAAUUAACCUCUGGCUUCAGACUGGCUCCCCCUCCUAAACCAUGGUUAAGAUGAACUUUUGUCCAAAGUCUAUAGAAAGCAAAAGGAUCAACUUUGUAUCCCACAUGGGUUCCAGCAGACUUAAACAGCAUACAGCAGUUUUCCCAACCUGGUGCCUUGUGAAUGUUUUGAGCUACAACUCCCAUCAUCCCUGGCCACACUGACAGUCUAAAACAUCUGCAGCACAACUGGCUUGAAAUGCUGCUAUAGACCGUUAAAGUAUACUGUAGGCUGAGUCUAAACUAGACUAAGCUUUAUUUGCCUGCAUUAAAAAUAGGAUUUUGUUGCCUGCAAAGCUUUCUCGAUACUUUCUCUCGGUAUCUAGAUCAGUGACUAUUAGCAGUUUCUUUUCUUUGUGAUAACGUGUAUUGUUAUGCAGUUCACAUACCCUUUGACUUGCAUCUCCCUUCACCUCUCCUCCCAUGCUGAGCACGAUGAAUUUUGUAGCAGCAGAGUGCUGAUUUUACAAAAUGCAAAUGAAAGACACAUUUAAUGCAGAAUUCUCAUUUAAAGAUGAACUGGAAGGCUUUUCACCUGCCAGAAUUCCAAGGUUUAUGUCUUAUCUGUAAAAAAAACCCUGAUGUAACCAUGGAGAUCUACUUUAGUGUUGUCUGCCUCCUUCACAGUGGUUGGCUGCUGACAGACUUCCAUGUGGCUAAAAGCCCCAGAUUGUCCCCAUAGUGGCGGUUCGAUUUUAUGACAUGUGUCAUAAUAAUAAUAAUAAUAAUAAUAAUAGUAAUUUAUUAUUUGUACCCCGCCCAUCUGGCUGGGUUUCCCCAGCCACUCUGGGCAGCUUCCACAAAUACCAAAAAUACACUAAUAUGUCAUACAUUAAAAACUUCCCUGAACAGGGCUGCCUUAAGAUGUCUUCUGAAUGUCAGAUAGUUGUUUAUCUCUUUGACAUCUGAUGGGAGGGCGUUCCACAGGGCGGGCGCCACUACCGAGAAGGCCCUCUGCCUGGUUCCCUGCAGCUUUGCUUCUCGCAAUGAGGGAACCGCCAGAAGGCCAUCGGUGCUGGACCUCAGCGUCUGGGCAGAACGAUGGGGGUGGAGACGCUCCUUCAGGUAUACUGGGCCGAAGCCGUUUAGGGCUUUAAAGGUCAACAGCAACACUUUUAAUUGCGCUCGGAAACGUACUGGGAGCCAAUGUAGGUAUUUCACGACCGGUGUUAUGUGGUCUCAGCGGCUACCCCCAGUCACCAGUCUAGCUGCCGCAUUCUGGAUUAGUUGUAGUUUCCGGGUCACCUUCAAAGGUAGCCCCACGUAGAGCACGUUGUAGUAGUCCAAGUGGGACUACUUUAGUGACCAGUUGGCAGUCAAGUGGUAAACCAUUGUAGAGUUCCUGAAGAAUGCUCAUCUAUAGCUUCCAUCUCCUUCGCUUCCCACCAUCUUGAUGUAAUAACUGCUCACAUGCUCGAUAUUAUCUGUUCCUUCUGGAAUAGUAGAAAUAUCCUGGGUUUAAAGGAGAUGGCUGAGGUCAUAAAUCAAACUACAGUAGUGUGGAUUUUAGCUUGGAUAUACCUUUCUCCUCUUCCUUUGCGGCACUCUGUGAACUAAAUAAUGCCAGGAGAAAUUAGCAAACGUUAGAGGCUCAUUUGCUGUGGGAUUGGAACAAAUGAUCUUAUGGCCCUUCUGCGUUCUUAUUAUGCACUAUUCUGUAAGGAGUCGCAUUAAGUAUAUUAGACAAUACUGGCUUCUGCCUUUGUCAGCCAAGAUCAAUGUGAGGCCUUUUUUAAUAUGAAAACUUUUUUAAAAAAUCUGGUUUCCUUUUCAUUACCUUGGAUAAAUGGGAUUAACUGGGUUUUUUUAUUUAUUUAAGGUUUCAAGGAUUGGGUCUUUUCUCCUGUGGAAAUAUGCUUUUCAUUAUGUAGGCAUUUGUGUGUAAUCUUAUCUAGAAAACACAAGAAACUCAUCCUCUAGGGUGAUGGAUGUUUUAAAGCAUUUAUGGUGGUGGUGGCAGUAGGAGUAUUAUACUAUCUUUCUUCCAACAAGCUAUUGGAGGUUUUCCAUUUUAUCUCCAUAACCCUAAAAGGGAUCAUUGUGUGCUUCCUCACCAAGCAGGAUUUGAACUCAGGUCUAUCUGAUCAAAAUCUAGCCCUCAAUCCACUACAAUUUAUUUCUUCCUUCUCUUGGCUUGUCAUAGGAGCCAGCUUCUAAGAUAAAUAAAAUAAAAUAUUUGAGCGGGCCAGCCCCCUUCUCCUAAAUUUAUGGGCAUUGGCAUUCAAAUGGUGUGCAUGGACCACAUCAUGUGCAUGGACCACAUCAUGCCCCCCCCCCCCAUAUUUUAUUUACCGUAUUUUUUGCACCAUAACACUCACUUUUUUCCUCCUAGAAAGUAAGGGGAAAUGUCUGUGCGUGUUAUGGAGGAAAUGCCUACGGGUGGCAUGCCUACGGAUUUUCCUCCUCUAAAAACUACGUGCGUGUUAUGGUCGGGUGCGUGUUAUAGAGCGAAAAAUACGGUAAAUUGGCACCCCGUGGUUUAUUUCACGUUGGAAGAAAAGAGUAACUUCUGAUUACAUCAUUAGGAUUCCUGACUCUGAAUUAUGUAUUGUUUUCAUAGUAGGACUCUUUAAUAGAUGGGUACUCCAAUAAAAGCUUCCUAUUUUGUAUUAAAUCUAUUGAAAAUUAACAGUUUUCUAAUAAAUGAUAGAUCCCCCCUUGAAUGGUUGUUUGUGGUAAAAGAUAAGCAUUUUCCCUCCAGUACUUUUGAGUGUCACACACUCAGUGUCCCUCCGUUACAAAACUUUUGCCAGAUCACGAUCAUUCUACCGAUGAACCAGUGCAUUGUAAGCUGAUCUGUCAAGCCAAACACUUGCCUUAGCUUGUUAACAUGCUCUAAAUCUUUCAUUAAUGAAAUCAGCUAGACCUCCAGACACUCAGAAGACUUCCUCGGCUCUGCUACCAUGAUGGAUGAGAUGCUAGAAAUUGAGUGGCUGCAGCUCUUGGAGGUGUCAUUUCAAAGGAGGAAGAAAACAAUAUUUAUUUCUAUGAAAGGAAUAGAAGGAUUCUAUUUAACGUAUGCAUUAUCUUGAUCGGAAUUUUCUUUGUUACAGAGUAUUAUUUUAGAAAAUGAAGAGCUUCCCAAAUUUUUCCUCGACUUCCUCAGCAUCCGUCAUUUUCCUUCUCUCCCCAAAGCAGAAAGCUGUGGGUAAGGCUUUUUCUUAGAAAUCUCAAAAUACAGCGUACAAGUCCCCACUGUAGAACUAGUUCUACACUCUGGUACAACUCCACUGUCUGAAAAUAGUCACUGCUAUUUUACAAAAUGAGUUUCAUGUUAUGGUUGCACUUGCGUUUGAUUUAAAAAAACAAUUCAGCACUCCAGUGGCUGUUUCAUAGAUAAAGCAUUUGACUUAAUAGAAGAGAAUAAGAAACUCUUAACAUCAGAGUUUGGAUUACCCCAAAUUGCGUUUUGGGGUCUUCCCGAGUUCCUAAUUAUAUGCUGUUUAAAAUGGGACAACUGCACAAGCCACAGUGCAUGAUCUCCGCAGCAGGAUGCAAUGAAGUAAAGAAAGAAUUUUGGACAACCGGCUGCCAGGGAGCUUUAUUGUUAAGAUAGCAUAAAAGACCAUUAACAUUAUAAUGAUUCAUUGAAAUGAAUGGGUUUGACCAACUUAGGUCCAUUAAUUUAAAUGGUUCUACUCUGGGUAUAACUUAGUUGCAUGCAACCCACUGACUAGGAAAAAAAUUACCUUGUUAUUACUGUUGCUUUUGUUUAAUGAGGAUAUUUUCUUAAGAAUGUAAAGCUUGGGGGUUUCAGGUAUGUCCAGUGUAACCUAUUUUGUACGUAUUAUAAUAUUUCAGCUCUUUUGAAGAAAUAGAAUCUGAAGAAUCAAGGUAAGCUGUUGCCACUUCAGUUUCCAAUUGAGAAAUAUAUUGUUCAUAUUUUAAAAUGUGAGAUCAAUAGAAUAAUUGAGCAUGUUUUAAAAACCAUAUUUUAACACCCAUUAAAAAGGGUACGUGUUAUCUGCUGUUUCUUGCAUUAAUAAAACUUUUAACUGGUCCAAUGUGAUUAAAAAUAAAAUUAUGCAAUCUUAAACUGACUGAAUACUCAAAGGCAGGUAAAACAAAUUAAUGCUGCAGUGUUAAAAAUAAAAAGUCAUUGUGAGUUGUUGACAUCUGCAGUAUUCAACUCCUCACUUUAGAAUUGGAUCAUUCCAGCAUGUGUGUGUUUUAGGACAGGAUUACUAGGUUUGAUUGCUGGGGAGUAAGUCCCAUUGAACUCUGUUUGAUUUGCUUCUGAAUAAAUAUGCUUAGUAUUGAGUAAAAUGUGACCUAAUCUAUAAUGAGCUUUAUUCCUUGAAGAUGGUUUUUUGUUUCUUUUACAACAAAAUUGGUUUAUAUAAGCAAACAUUCUACCUAACCAGCUACAUCAGCUCACUUUAUCAAAGCUAGUUUGUAGUGCAUUCAGUUUACUGUCCCUUGAUGCUGACAUUCCUGUUCUUGACCUUUCUAGCAAACUGUCCCACCAGCCUGUGCUGCUGUUCCUAAGGGAUCCAUAUGUCUUGCCUGCAGCCAAUGGUAAUCAAAGCUGUCAUCUGUUAACAGCUCUUUACUGAUCUGACCCUACACCACACAAACCACGUUGUUAUUAAUACAUGCUGAGCCCCAGUUCUAAUAAAUGUGCAAUAUAUCAGGAGUUUUAAAGCUAUUUAAAAUCAUAGCUGGGAACCAAGGCUUUUGUGAAAAGAGAAACAACACCCUUAGCAACUGAAAAGGAGAGGAUUUAAUUUUUAAAAUGCUAACAUCUUAAUCCUAGGUUAUAUCUAUCCUGCAUCAAUUUUGAAGUAUAAUGUGGUGUUGUUUGUUGUUUAGUCGUGUCCGACUCUUCGUGACCCCGUGGACCAGAGCACGCCAGGCACUCCUGUGUUCUAAUGUGUUAGGCAAUGUUUAAUACAUGAUAAUAUUUCAGUAGGUAUCAUGCCAAGAAUUAGCGUUCCCCAACCUGAUACCUUCCAAAUGUUUCAGAGUACAAGACCUUUGUAGUCCAAAACAUCAGAAGGGAAGCCUUACUUAGUUCAAAGGAUUCAAAGUGUAGCUGGACUGACAAUUAAGUGUAGAGUCAAACUACGCAUGAUAGAAGAAGAAGAAAAGAAGAAGAAGGGGUUGCCCCAACCACUAUGGGCGGCUUCCAACAAAUUAAAACACAGUAAGACAUCAAACAUUAAAAACUUUCUUAUGCAGGGCUGCUUUCAGAUGUCUUCUAAAAGUCAGAUUGUUGUUUAUUUCCUUGACAUCUGAUGAGAGGACGUUCCACAGGGCGGGUGCCACUACUGAGAAGGCCUUCUGCCUCGUUCCCCAUAACCUCACUUCUCACAGUGAGAGAACCGCCAGAAGGCUCUCAGAGCUGGACCUCAGUGUCCGGGCAGAACGAUGGGGGUGGAGACACUCCUUCAGAUAUGCAGGGCCAAAGCCGUUCAGGGCUUUAAAGGUCAGCGCCAACACUUUGAAUUGUGCUCGAAAUUGAUGCAAGAGUUCUGUGACUGGAAAUUCUGAAGUCUUUGAAUUUAAAAAAAUAAAAAUUCGCAUGCAGCGGAACCUGAUCUGGAUCACAGUAUGAUCUGGAAGAAGGGGAUGUUUAUUCUAUAAGGAUGUGAAUUCUAUUGCCACCCAGAUAUUAUUGGACUACAGCUCCCAUCAUUCCUGGCCAUUGACCUUGUUGGGGUUGAAGGGUGUUGGGCGUCAACAUAUGGAGGACCGUAGGUUCUCCACCUCUGCUUUAGGCUCACACUGAUCCCUAGUCACUUCACUUCCAAAAGCUAUUAUUUGUGGAGGAUUAAGCCCCUAGCAGUUCCUUCUCUGUGGCUAAUAGCAGCUUUGGAGAACAGGGAAUUGCAGACAGCUUGGGAAUGGGCUGCAGCAUGGGAAUAAAGGUCUACCAUGGGAGAGAGGGGAAGUCCAAGUCAGUCUCUCUUGCUUUUUGUAAAAUAAAAAGAUACCAACAGUUCCACUGUCUGAACUCCUGCAUCUGAUAUCCUUAUAUCCUGACUGCAUGGAAUCAGCACAAACAACCCAAGAGCAAUGAAUAUAUGAGGCAAAAAAAAUAUAAUUGCAAUAGUUCUUCAUUGGACAAUAUUAGUGAGGCAGCAUGUUGGUUGGAUUAUAUCCUCUGACAUUCUUAGCAACUUCUCGUCAGUAUCGCAUUGUGAUGAAGCUAAUUUGUGAGAUUGUAUGAAGUAGAACAUAAUUUUCCUUGGGAGAAAUCAAGUACAUCUAUCCUGUAUUGGAAAAGGUCAGUGUCACCGUAUGUCUAAUUCUUCACAGAAGCAGCCUUUUGUAACUAAUUGCUUCCAGUUUUGCUUCUCUAUUUAUACCCAGCCCAAAUGUUUUGCUAACUCUUAAAAUGGUUCAAUCUAUGUUACACUUCAACUGUGAUGGACAACUCUUGUGUUUUUGUUGCUAAGCCCAAGGGUGGUCCAAUGGUCAAUGCUGCUAACAUGGUCAUGCAAAUUAUCUACCAGCUUGGUUAGCUGGGAGUCUGAAUCCUCACCCACACACCCCAAUCCCCAUAGUCAAUGAAAGCUGGGGUGUCCCUAUAUUCUUACUCCACAGCUCUUCAAAUUAGCAAUGCAGGCGUGCAGAGCACUGCUGCUGGGUGCAGCCUCGGUACUCGUAAGCUUAAGCAGUUUUCUUUCUGUUUGAUAAAUAUGUAAGAAUGUUGCACAUAGCCCCCACUAGAUGGUUUGCAGUACCGUAUCACAAUCCUGGAUUUGUAAAAAGUGAGGGUAGAGUAGAGGAGCAAAAGUGAAGGCACAACAUCAGUGCCCCUGACAUGGGACUGAGAAGGGAAAGACACUGAGAGAGGAAAAGUGGUGGUUUAAAAAACGCCAAUGUUUGAUUAAAGCAGAGAUGGAGGAAACUGAGAACAUGACAUUUAUAGACUAUGGCAGAGGUUUGAGAGAGGUGGGGGGAAGCCGGUGUUUAAAACAAGCUGUGAGUGCAGCGGGAAUGGAGUUUGGAGGGCAGUUGUGUUAGUUUUUUGAUGUUAGUUUCUGUUUUGUACCCAUCUCUGCUGUUUCGCCUUAAAAUUGGUGUGCUUUGUUUUAAGUGUUCCACCAUACCACCUUUACUCAGAUUUCUGCUCUUGUUUAGAACCACCACUUUCCUCUCAGUGUCUCUCCACCCCUGCUUUACUCAAACUUCUGUCAUUUAAAACAGCCACUUUUUCCCUUUCAGCAUUCCUCCCUUCUUGCUGUACUCAAGUUUCUAUCUCUCCCAUUCCUCAGCUGCUUCAUGUGAGAGAGAUAAAGGAUUUGGAGCCCUCAAAUAUUCCAGAGUACCUUCACACAAUGUAUUUCACUCCUGGAACUAUGUGUUGUCUGAAGUUCCAGAUUCAAUGUAGUAAUUUAGAACAGAUAUUUUUUUAACAAGCAAACACCCAUCUAUAUAUGAACUUUACCUUCCCUAACUGAACAAGCUAACUGACAGUCUUGCGCUUAAGAUUGUCGGCAUCCUAAAGAUACAAUAACAUAUAUCAUUAUGGGAUGGAUGUGUGCCCAAAGGGGGCUGCAGAAUUAGGCAAGAGGGGGAAGGAAUGGAAAUGGGGGUGAUCUGUGUGCUAAGGUUGAGAAAAGUAAGGAGGGGUAUAGGAAAAUGUGUGAAAGUGUAAUGGGGGGGUGGUCCCAAAAAGGGAAGGCAUAGGAGGCAUGGAAAUGGGAGUGAAGAUGGAAGCAAGGACAUGAAAGGUAUAGGAGAGGAUGGUGACUUCAAAACUGGGCGGAAUGUGAAAAAAGGUGCUUAGUAGCUGCAGUGUGUGGGAGAAGGAAAAUGCAGGAAGUUACUCAGAAAAUGGUUUAUGUGCAGCAGGAGGUUUGCACAAGAGGAGGAAGUAUGGACAUGGCAAUGAAGGUGAAAAUGAAUGCAAAGCAGGGCUGUCAAGUAGAAGAAAAGGCUUCAGAAAGAGUUUCAAAAGUGAUCUUAGCAGUUUCAUGGUGUGGGAAUAAAUUCUAAGGGGUUAAUGUAGGGAGGAAUGGCAGGGGAGCUGGCAAGCAGGGGGCAGCCCCUAGUUUUUCAGGUCAGACAAGUGUUUGUGAAAUUCCAAGAGCUGAUUUUAAAAACUGCUGAAUAGUAUUGUAAUUUUAUGUUGUGAACUGCCCUGAGAUCUAUAGAUGAAGGGUAGUACAACACCACCACCACCACAAAAGUUUGGCUUAUGUUGAACAGUUACAGCAGUCAAAAUCCCUGAACAGUAAUAAUGGAUCAGUGUUUGUUAAAUAAAUUACUUAAGUCUUACUAUAUUUAGUUUCUUCACAAUGCUUUGUCUAUGUCUGUUUAGAGUUAACGCGAAACUGGAGAAAAUGCCAUGGACUUGUAGAAUAAAUGUGCUUUAAUCACAUUUAUGCAUUUCUUCUCUUCUCUGCAAGUCUCCUCCCGUUAGCUUAUCUGAUGAUGAUGAUUAGCAUCCUUCGUUUUUAGGAAUACUAUUCCUUUAUUGUAAGAAUCUGUCCCUUUACGUUGACUAGAUGCUUUAAGGAUGCUUAUGUGAUGGCAUCAGGCUCUUCCAGUCAACUUGGACUAAACAGUGCUGUAAACUACAAUGGAAAAACUGCUGUGAAGUAUUCCCAGUAGAAAUCUUGGAAUUCCUUCAAGUGUAUUGAGAUUUUGUUAGAAAUUGAAUUGCCAGUGUAAUCCAUCUUCCUUGUGAGAAAAGAUUCAGAUAAAGAGCUGGAGCCUAGCAGCAUUAAGUAUUAGAACAUCCCUUUAAAUCAAUAAGCUACAAAUCUGGCAGUGCAUUCAGGCAAUGCCCAGUGCUACACUAAAGUGGGUUUAGUGCUGAAACAGCAUUACUAAUAGCACAAUUCUGAGCAUGGAUAAACAUGGUGGUGAUGCAAUAUCCUAAAUUACACUGGGCCUUGCCUUGUUAAGUUCUACAAAAACAUUUAUAUUGUAUUGACAUAUGUAAGAAAGCAGUUUUUCUUCUUUCCUUUUUUUUCCAGAUGACUUUCCAAACGUAGUUAUUGAAGGUGUUCUCCGCGGAUUGUUUUAUCCUCAUCUACAACCCAGGUAGAAAAUGGGUUUGGAUGGAUAGUAACUGAAAUAAACUCAUCCUCUUCCUGGAACUGCACAUUUUUAGUAAAACUCCUAAGACAACAGAAUGUGGUCACAGUGGAGAUGAUAUUUAAUGAUGGAACAUUUCCCCUUUUAAAAUUAAUUUAGUGUAUCACUAAUAUUGCUGCUUUUAAAUUUAUGAAUGGAGAAAACGCUACUGUUGAAUCUGUCUACCCAACUCCAAAUGUUUUAAAAGCUGACAUUCAUAAGCUGAAUUACACUAACAACUUUCAUCAUGUAUUGAUUUUUUAAAAUAAUAAAUUACUACACUAAGCCUUUUGUCUCAGUGUAGUAUCCACUGCUGGCAGUGGGUACACAGGGCAACUUAUUACACAGGCAAGACCUGAAAAAAAUGUUAAGAGAAUUACUGCCUAAACUUGAAAUGUAAUCUAAGCUUAUUAUUAGUAUUUCUGAUGUGAUUAUAUCAUAUCUAUAUUAUCUUAAGUAUUACUUAAAUUUACUUCAGGACCCUGGCAACAAACCUUGUGCUUUCAGCCAAUACACUCUGUUUGGUGAGCAUAACUUUCCCAUGUUAAUUAACUUGUACCAUUAUGUAGCAGGAAGCAGACAGAACAUGAUGGGUAAAAAUAAUCAGCUAAUAAAUAUUCAGAGGUCAAUUGUCUAAGUGAACCAUAUGCUUACGUUUCACAAGAUGUCAGAACCCAAAAUAAAACAUUGGCAUUACAUUGCA